GCUGCAGUCUCCCUAGUGCGCAUGCCCAAACCGCGAGCGCUGAUAGGUCCGCGGUGUCUCGGGGCCGGGGCCGGGGGGGGAGACCGGGAGCGAACGGGAACGGGGGUCGGGGCGGCUGCGGAGCGCUCGCUGCGGCCGGCGCCCGGGCAUCGGGAGGCGGGCGGCUCAGGGCCGCCCUUCGUGAGGUUUCCCGGAGGCGGCAGAAGGGCGGAGGGGAAGGAGGGGACAGCCGGGGACCUCCCGCCGCGCGCGUGUCCGGGGCGCGGCGGCUGUCGGUGCCCGCGGAGCCCGGCGGGACGGCGGGGGAGCGCGAGGGGCACGGAGCGGCGAAAGAGGCGGCAGGUGAGUGCGGCAGCGGCGAAGGUGACCGUGCCGUUGGAACGGGGGGAGCGGGAGGGGGCGGCGCGGCGCGGAGGCGUUCGGUUCCGGUUCCCCCCCCCGCCCCCCCCGUCCUUACGGCCGCUCUGGCGAAGCUGCUGGGAGGCGUGCGGUCCGGAGCCGCGUCUCCCUCCGGCGCAGCGCCCGUGCCCGGUGCGGCAGCCCCUCCGGGAGCGGCGCAGCCCCCGUCGGUCGCGGGGACGGUUACAAGCAGAGCUAAGGCGCGGUUGCGGGCGGGCUGGGUGGCGUGGCGAGCGGGGCGCCGCUCCGGCGGGAGCUCGGGGCGAGCCCCGGCGGGUUCCGUGUCCUGCGGGCGCGGCUUUCGCGCCGCGGCUCUCUCUGUGCGCUUUUUUGUUUGGUCGCGUUUGUUUUUUGGGGUUUUUUUGGCGGGAUUCCCGCGAAACGCGGCACGAGCGCUCGCCCGGGGCUGCCGCGGCGGGUCUCAGUGGCGCCGUCCUGUGGGCAAAGCGCGGUACUGCACCCGGCCGCCCCAACGCGGUGCCGCGGCGCGCCUCGGUGCUGCCGCCCUGUGGCGAAACUCGGGUACUGCAGCGCACGGCAAGGUGGGGGGGCAGAGACGCCGAUCGAGCCGCGGGGGUUCGCGGUCGGGUCUGUGUGUGCCGGUGUCCGUCCCCCCCCGACGGGGGUCAGGUCCCCAUUGGUGUGCAAACGACAUCCCUCCCUCGGGGCCUCCUUAAACGUUUAAUGACGUAAAUAUUGCUCCUGCUAACGUUGUCGGCGCGGCUUCUUUCCUCAGUGGAUCCGUCUGGCAGUCGGUGGCCCACGGUUGCUCGGCAACAGCAGAAGCGGAUUGAAGGGACCGGCCGCUGGAGGAUGCCGAAGCCUCCCGGGUCAGCGGUGGGAGCAGCUUUGCGUGAAGCGAGGGGUACGUGAAGCCGGGCGUGCGGUGCCGACCGCCCAGCAGGUAAGGGAAGCUAAAGCUUUACCUCCAGGGACUUCUGCCCAGAAAGCUGAAGCAAUUGCUCUCGCGUGAGCUGUAGAGUUACGCAAAGAGAAGAAGAUUAGUAGCUGCACUGAUUCUAAGCAGGUUUCUUGAAGGGUGCGGGCCCUUGAAGCCGUUUGAAAAGAAUAAAGUGUAUUAACGGCACAAGGGAGGCAGAUUAAACGUGAUGCUCCGGUUGCUGGAAGCUGUGCUGUUGCUAGGAGAGUUGCCGUCACGCGUUGCAACGGGCCUCAGAAGGGAAACGCUGCUCAGGAAACUGGCCAUAAAUUGGCAGGCGCCGCUGUAAAACCAGCCACCGAGAGGACAGAGACCGGUACGGAAGCCGCGUCUCUGAGCCCAGGUGGCCGUGUCCUCCAGCCAACGUCAGGGAACUGUAACAAAGAGGAUAAGCAAUUAAUAGGAGAUUUAUAGCCCGAUCAGAAUUAGGGUCCAAAGGAGCCGUCACCGGCGACGGGAGAGCAGCGGCGCCUCGCGGCGCGAGGAGCUGAUGCGCUCUGUCGAGAUCGGACGAACAGGUAAGAGCGAAUUUAGAAGCCCUGUGCGAACGAGGCAAUGGGAAACGUGCCUAGAAAACCAUCUUGAUGGUGCACGCGGGGUACAGACAAGAGCAGCCGGACGAGGGAAACGUACCAGGACGACGCUGGCAAAGGGAGUUCUCCGAGCUGCCUGGAAAAGGGGGGUGUCGAUACCGGCCGGCACGAACGGCUCCCUUCUCGGGUCGGCCGGAAGCGUUGCCGUGCCGGGGGGCGGCUGCCGGCCUGCGGGCCGGGGCUGCGGCUGUUUGGGGCGCCGCCCCCGCUUUGUUUUCCUCGGGGAGCCCCCCCACGUUCGGGGGCUUGUGGGACGUGCACGUGCGAAUGACACGGUGUUCCCAGCUGCUCUGUUCUCUGCCUUGUUUUUCCAGACGCCUGUCCCUGUUUUCUCUUCCCGCUUUUGAAGAGAAGCUGCCGAGUCAGCGUACGCUGCGGUGAAGUUCUACAAGAUGCGGCCCUCAGGAACCGGUUGACGUGAGGGAAAUGCUUUCUGACCGCCUGCGCGGUGAGGGGACGUUUUUCACCUUUUAGCUCCUUCUGCACGACAAGAGGGAGACGGAAGGUUAAGUAACACGUUGUUUAGGAGCUGAGAGCUUGGUUUGCAUUUAACUAAUAAUUAAGAGACGUGUUGUCAGCGAGAAACUAAACGAUUACAACUAACCUCAUCAAAUGAAGUAAAGACAGGCCAGCCAGGCGUGGUGGUGGAGUUGCUCUCUAUGUGAGAGAGCAGCUACAGUGUACUAAAUUCUGCCCAGGAGCGGAUGAGGAGCGAGUUGAGAGUGUAUGGGUCAGGAUCAAGGGGCAGGCUGGCAGGGGUGACACUGCUGUGGGCGUCUGUUGCAGGCCACCAGAUCAGGCUGAGGAAGUUGAUGAGGCCUUCUAUGGGCAGCUGAGAGCGGCCUCACGGUCACAGGCCCUGGUUGUUGUGGGGGAUUUUAAGUUCCCUGCUGUUUGCUGGAAGGACCGUUCAGCCAGCCAGCCACAGUCCAGGAGGUUCCUGCCGUGCAUCGGUGAGAACCGCCUCAUGCAGGUGGUGGAGGAGCCGACUGGGAGAGGUGCACUGCUGGAUCUCAUCCUCGCUAGCAAGGAGGGUCUGGUCGAAGCAGGAAAGGUUGAGGGCUGCCUGGGCUGCAGUGACCACGAGAAGGUGGAGUUCAGCAUCUUGGGUGGCAGGAACAGAACAGCAAGUAGAAUUGCAACCCUGGACUUUAGCAGGGCUAACUUUGGCCUUUUCAAGCAAUUGCUGGGGGAAAUCCCACGGGCAAGACUGCUUGAAGGAAAAGGGGCCCGAGAUAGCUGGGUUGCAUUCAGAGAUUGCUUCUUCCACGCUCAGGAUCAGAGCAUCCCCACACGAAGGGAGUCGAGGAAGGGAGCCAGGAGGCCUGCGUGGUUGAACAGGGACCUGUUGGGUAUGCUCAAGCAGAAGAGGAGAGUUUGCAGGUCAUGGAGGCAGGGGCUGGCCACUUGGGAGGAAUAUAGGGCUGCUGUUAGAGGAUGCAGGAAGGCAGCUAGGAUAGCCAAGGCCCCCUAGAAUUACAGCUGCCGAGAGGGGUCAAGGACAGCAAAAAGAGCUUUUUCAAAUACAUAGCAGAUAAAACUAACACCAGAGGCAAUGUAGGCCCACUGAUGAACGGGGUGGGUGCCCUGGUGGCAGAAGAUACAGAGGAGGCAGAAUUCCUGAAUGCCUUCUUUGUCUCUGUCUACUCUGCCGGAGGCCGUCCUGGGGAGCCCUGUACCCCUGAGACCCCGGAUGAAGCCAGGUCAGUGGAGGAGUUUGCUUUAGUCGAUGAGGACUGGGUUAGGGAGCAAUUAAAUAGUCUGGACAUCCAUAAAUCCACGGGUCCGGAUGGGAUGCACCCGCGGGUGCUGAGGGAGCCGGCUGAAGUCACUGCUGGACCGCUCUCCGUCAUCUUUGCCAAGUCUUGGGAAACGGGGGAGGUGCCCGAGGAUUGGAGGAAAGCAAAUGUCACUGCAGUCUUCAAAAAGGGCAAGAAGGAGGACCCGGGUAAUUACAGACCGGUCAGCCUCUCCUCUGUCCCUGGGAAAGUAAUGGAACAGCUUCGUCUGGACAACAGAGCAGUGAGGUGGGUUGCAAACUGGCUUAAGGAGAGAAGCCAGAGAGCGGUAGUCAAUGGUGCGGAGUCCAGCUGGAGGCCAGUAUCCAGUGCAGUGCCUCAGGGGGCAGCGCUGGGGCCAAUAUUAUUCAAUAUAUUCAUUAACGAUUUGGACGAGGGAAUAGAGUGCACUAUCGGCAAGUUUGCUGAUGACACCAAGCUGGGAGGGGUGGCUGACACGCCAGAAGGCUGUGCUGCCAUCAGAGACCUGGACAGGCUGGAGAGUUGGGCGGGGAAUAACCUGAUGAAAUUUGACAAGGGCAAGUGUAGAGUCCUGCACCUGGGCAGGAACAACCCCAGGUUCCAGUAUAGGUUGGGAAAUUACAUGUUAGAGAGCAGUGUAGGGGAAAGGGACCUGGGGGUCCUGGUGGACAGCAGGAUGACCAUGAGCCAGCCCUGUGCCCUUGUGGCCAGGAAGGCCAAUGGCAUCCUGGGGUGUAUUAGAAGGGGGGUGGUUAGUAGGUGGAGAGAGGUCCUCCUUCCCCUCUGCUCCGCCCUGGUGAGACCGCAUCUGGAAUAUUGUGUCCAGUUGUGGGCCCCUCAGUUCCAGAAGGACAGGGAACUGCUGGAGAGGGUCCAGCGUAGGGCAACCAAGAUGAUUAAGGGAGUGGAGCAUCUCCCGUGUGAGGAAAGGCUGAGGGAGCUGGGGCUCUUUAGUUUGGAGAAGAGGAGACUAAGGGGGGACCUUAUCAAUGUUUAUAAAUACAUAAAGGGUGAGUGCCAUGAGGAUGGAGCCAGGCUCUUCUCGGUGGCAAACAACGAUAGGACAAGGGGUAAUGGGAUCAAGCUGGAACACAAGAGGUUCCGCUUAAAUUUGAGAAGAAACUUCUUCUCAGUGAGGGUGGCAGAGCCUGGCCCAGGCUGCCCAGGGGGGUUGCGGAGCCUCCUUCUCUGGAGACAUUCAAAACCCGCCUGGACGUGCUCCUGUGCGACCUCACCUGGGCGUUCCUGCUCCACGGGGGGAUUGGACUGGAUGAUCUUUUGAGGUCCCUUCCCGUCCCAAACAUACUGUGAUACUGUGAAGAAUGCGGCUUAGCAGCGCUGCUGACUCUGCCGUCCCGUUCCCUUCCCCGUUUCAGCCGGCGAGGCGGCCGGAGGACCCGCUCUGUGCGGCCGCGGGGCCCGCGGAGUCGAGGGCUCUGUCGGCGCGCCCCGGGGGUUUCUCUGGAGAGACUCCUCGUCUCGGUCGCGUCGCGGCGGGGACGGACGAGGACCUCUGGCGAGGGGUCUUUCUGCGCUGGGAGCCGGGACCGGGCACGCGCUCGCGGGGCGUCCGUAAGUCGCGGUACGGAAUUUAGGCAGGAUAGCGCGCACGGGCUUGCGAGCGCCUUACAGGCGUGCGGUGGUUGCUCGUGCGGCCAGCUUUUGGUGUCGGUUGUUCCGGCGCUCCGUCGCGGUGUAGAGCCGGCCCCGUACGUAGCGGUGAGGCGUACCGCAGUUCGGUUUGAUUCUCGGAUAGGCCUCGGCUCUGACUGUGCACUCGAACGCCAAAACCUACAGCGGAAGCUGCGGUGGCUUUAGCGUGCAAGGGGCGCGAGCGCCGUGAAGCCGCCCGUGUGGCCGAGCGUCCCGAUCGCGGCGCUGAGCGUUAGACGGACUUGAGCCGCGUGCCGGAAUUGUUUUGUUUUGGAGAGGGCGGGAUAAACCUGGAGCACAACUUGUGAGGGCGGUACGUCGUGGGCAGGUUUUAGUAUUGCCUGUGGAGUGCCGCUAGAAGCGUUCGUAGUUCUUGCUUGUCUCUGUUACAAGAUGAGCCGUGUCGUCCUGCGUGACGCGUAACGGGAGGACGGCGCGGUAGCGGUGCUCUGCACAAGAGCCCGUUGGGCGGUAUUUUAGCUCGUGGGAAAGGGAUUGGGGAACCACCUGGUGGGAAUGCGAGGAGAGCAGCCCUGGCGGAAUCUGAGGAGCCGAGGCCGUUGUAUAAAUUGGACAAGGAAGGAAAGGCUGCGGGCACAGCGCGGUGCUGCACCCGGCCGCCCCAACGCGGAACUCUAAUGUGGAAUUCCUGUGUUUCAGAGGGGGAGCUGUGACCGCCCCGUGCUCAGCAGACCCCCCAGCCCGGGUGGGGGGAGCAGCGCCGGAGCGGGAGACGCGGCUCCGUCCUCCGUCCCCAGCGUGCCGGGGGGCGGCUGCCGGCCUGUGGGACGUGGCUGCGGCUGUUCGGGGCGCUGCCCCCCCAUGUUUGGGCGCUCUGGUAUGUACAUAGGUAAAUGGCGUUUUAAAGUAACGUGCUGCCCGCUGGGGCUGUUUUCCUUUUCUACCUUUUUUUUUUUGAGUGAAUAAAUGGGGGGACUCGGGGGGUGACGAUGACGUUACUGGAGGAGCAGGCCAGUGAGAGAUGGGGGCAUUCAGCCCCAAAACGCCUGAACAGUCAUGGGUGGGGUGUUUAGUGGUGCUGUGGGGAGGAGAAAUUUCUCCCUGUCCGUUGCAGAGAAAACAGAACAAUCCCACAUCAAAGCUGUCCUAGAGAAGUACUUGCUGUUUGUCAUUGCGGUUCUAGAGCAGCCCGAUGUGCUGUUAAAGGUUGUGGUGGUGCGGGUCAGGGAUCCCCAGGCUGUGCCGAGACCGCAGGACGGCUGCUGGUGGAACAAAGUCAAGGACAGCUUCUCAGAGUAAGAACCUCUCUAUUUGUUCUCCUCGGGACACAUCCCUUUGCCUCUGGACCCCUCACAAGCUCACUCGCCACCUUGUUCCCUCAGAAACCCGUUUCCUCCCAGUUCCUCUGCGAUUACCCUGCCUGCCUUUGGGUCCCUGCAGGCUCGUUGGUGGCAUCACGGUGCCUGUUUGACCUUUUGCCCCGUUAAAUUCCACUCUUUUCUCUCUUCCCCUCAAAACUUCCCCGGUUGCUCUUGUCACAUCCCAGAGGCCUCAUUUUCCCCUCUUGUCUCCUCUCAGGACCCCCCAUCUGUUGGCCCCUGUCGAGGGUUUAGAUUGCGGGGUGACAGUAAAACCCUGGCAGAUGUAUUGUUAACCCCGUCUCCCCCCCACUUCCCCCUUUUGCCCCUCCCUCUCCCCCCUUCCCACUCAGGACAGGCGAUCCGGAGGGAAAGAAGGACAGAGAGAAGAGAGUUGGAAAAACUGGCAAUGUUUUACUAAUGCUAUAUUAAGAGUAGAGAAAAUAAUACAAAACCAAUCCUGAAAGUCUCAGCAACUGCAGAGCCGGCACCUGAAGUCCUGGACUGGACUCUGCAGCCAACCGGAGCUGGAUUCAGUCUCUCAGCAGGCCUCAGUUUGCAGGGACGACUAGCAAGGUCCUCUCCUAAUGUCACCAUAAGCAGAAGGGACGAAAAGGGGCAAAGAGGACAAGAUCCUCAUGAUCUGCCACUUCUAUAUGAAGUAUUCAUGUGAAGGGGAUGUUAUACACGGUUGGUCAGUUUGUUGGUCACCUGUUUCUUGUUGCUCCUCUUGCAAGAUGUGAAUCUGUCCUUAUCAACAAGUAAGCAUUCCAUUGCAAUGUUUAUCAAAACAUGUAUGUGUCUGGUUCUCCAGGAAAAGGCAGCUAAUAUGAAGCUUUAGCUGACAGGCAAAUUCAUGCUGUCUGCCUAUCAGAUUGCCGGAGGGGCGGGCGUCGAGGGCUGGGUACUGCGUGCCGCCCGCAGCCAAUGAUGGUGCGGAAGAGGCGGGCGUUGCGGUGUCCCUACUGCGCAUGCCCCAGUCGCGAGCGCUGAUAGGCGGAGAGGGAGAUGAUUGACGUGUCCCGGGGAGCGAACCGGGAUGCGGCAAGGGGCGGGUGCUGCAGUCUCCCUAGUGCGCAUGCCCAAACCGCGAGCGCUGAUAGGUCCGCGGUGUCUCGGGGCCGGGGCCGGGGGGGGAGACCGGGAGCGAACGGGAACGGGGGUCGGGGCGGCUGCGGAGCGCUCGCUGCGGCCGGCGCCCGGGCAUCGGGAGGCGGGCGGCUCAGGGCCGCCCUUCGUGAGGUUUCCCGGAGGCGGCAGAAGGGCGGAGGGGAAGGAGGGGACAGCCGGGGACCUCCCGCCGCGCGCGUGUCCGGGGCGCGGCGGCUGUCGGUGCCCGCGGAGCCCGGCGGGACGGCGGGGGAGCGCGAGGGGCACGGAGCGGCGAAAGAGGCGGCAGGUGAGUGCGGCAGCGGCGAGGGUGACCGUGCCGUUGGAACGGGGGGAGCGGGAGGGGGCGGCGCGGCGCGGAGGCGUUCGGUUCCGGUUCCCCCCCCCGCCCCCCCCGUCCUUACGGCCGCUCUGGCGAAGCUGCUGGGAGGCGUGCGGUCCGGAGCCGCGUCUCCCUCCGGCGCAGCGCCCGUGCCCGGUGCGGCAGCCCCUCCGGGAGCGGCGCAGCCCCCGUCGGUCGCGGGGACGGUUACAAGCAGAGCUAAGGCGCGGUUGCGGGCGGGCUGGGUGGCGUGGCGAGCGGGGCGCCGCUCCGGCGGGAGCUCGGGGCGAGCCCCGGCGGGUUCCGUGUCCUGCGGGCGCGGCUUUCGCGCCGCGGCUCUCUCUGUGCGCUUUUUUGUUUGGUCGCGUUUGUUUUUUGGGGUUUUUUUGGCGGGAUUCCCGCGAAACGCGGCACGAGCGCUCGCCCGGGGCUGCCGCGGCGGGUCUCAGUGGCGCCGUCCUGUGGGCAAAGCGCGGUACUGCACCCGGCCGCCCCAACGCGGUGCCGCGGCGCGCCUCGGUGCUGCCGCCCUGUGGCGAAACUCGGGUACUGCAGCGCACGGCAAGGUGGGGGGGCAGAGACGCCGAUCGAGCCGCGGGGGUUCGCGGUCGGGUCUGUGCGUGCCGGUGUCCGUCCCCCCCGACGGGGGUCAGGUCCCCAUUGGUGUGCAAACGACAUCCCUCCCUCGGGGCCUCCUUAAACGUUUAAUGACGUAAAUAUUGCUCCUGCUAACGUUGUCGGCGCGGCUUCUUUCCUCAGGGGAUCCGUCCGGCAGUCGGUGGCCCGCGGUUGCUCGGCAACAGCAGAAGCGGAUUGAAGGGACCGGCCGCUGGAGGAUGCCGAAGCCUCCCGGGUCAGCGGUGGGAGCAGCUUUGCGUGAAGCGAGGGGUACGUGAAGCCGGGCGUGCGGUGCCGACCGCCCAGCAGGUAAGGGAAGCUAAAGCUUUACCUCCAGGGACUUCUGCCCAGAAAGCUGAAGCAAUUGCUCUCGCGUGAGCUGUAGAGUUACGCAAAGAGAAGAAGAUUAGUAGCUGCACUGAUUCUAAGCAGGUUUCUUGAAGGGUGCGGGCCCUUGAAGCCGUUUGAAAAGAAUAAAGUGUAUUAACGGCACAAGGGAGGCAGAUUAAACGUGAUGCUCCGGUUGCUGGAAGCUGUGCUGUUGCGAGGAGAGUUGCCGUCACGCGUUGCAACGGGCCUCAGAAGGGAAACGCUGCUCAGGAAACUGGCCAUAAAUUGGCAGGCUCCGCUGUAAAACCAGCCACCGAGAGGACCGAGACCGGUACGGAAGCCGCGUCUCUGAGCCCAGGUGGCCGUGUCCUCCAGCCAACGUCAGGGAACUGUAACAAAGAGGAUAAGCAAUUAAUAGGAGAUUAAUAGCCCGAUCAGAAUUAGGGUCCAAAGGAGCCGUCACCGGCGACGGGAGAGCAGCGGCGCCUCGCGGCGCGAGGAGCUGAAGCGCUCUGUCGAGAUCGGACGAACAGGUAAGAGCGAAUUUAGAAGCUCUGUGCGAACGAGGCAAUGGGAAACGUGCCUAGAAAACCGUCUUGAUGGUGCACGCGGGGUACAGACAAGAGCAGCCGGACGAGGGAAACGUACCAGGACAACGCUGGCAAAGGGAGUUCUCCGAGCUGCCUGGAAAAGGGGGGUGUCGAUACCGGCCGGCACGAACGGCUCCCUUCUCGGGUCGGCCGGAAGCGUUGCCGGGCCGGGGGGCGGCUGCCGGCCUGCGGGCCGGGGCUGCGGCUGUUUGGGGCGCUGCCCCCGCUUUGUUUUCCUCGGGGAGCCCCCCCACGUUCGGGGGCUUGUGGGACGUGCACGUGCGAAUGACACGGUGUUCCCAGCUGCUCUGUUCUCUGCCUUGUUUUUUCAGGUGCCUGUCCCUGUUUUCUCUUCCCGCUUUUGAAGAGAAGCUGCCGAGUCAGCGUACGCUGCGGUGAAGUUCUACAAGAUGCAGCCCUCAGGAACCGGUUGCUGUGGGGUUGCUCGUGCGGCCAGCUUUUGGUGUCGGUUGUUCCGGCGCUCCGUCGCGGUGUAGAGCCGGCCCCGUACGUAGCGGUGAGGCGUACCGCAGUUCGGUUUGAUUCUCGGAUAGGCCUCGGCUCUGACUGUGCACUCGAACGCCAAAACCUACAGCGGAAGCUGCGGUGGCUUUAGCGUGCAAGGGGCGCGAGCGCCGUGAAGCCGCCCGUGUGGCCGAGCGUCCCGAUCGCGGCGCUGAGCGUUAGACGGACUUGAGCCGCGUGCCGGAAUCGUUUUGUUUUGGAGAGGGCGGGAUAAACUUGGAGCACAACUUGUGAGGGCGGUACGUCGUGGGCAGGUUUUAGUAUUGCCUGUGGAGUGCCGCUAGAAGCGUUCGUAGUUCUUGCUUGUCUCUGUUACAAGAUGAGCCGUGUCGUCCUGCGUGACGCGUAACGGGAGGACGGCGCGGUAGCGGUGCUCUGCAAAAGAGCCCGUUGGGGGGUAUUUUAGCUCGCGGGAAAGGGAUUGGGGAACCACCUGGUGGGAAUGCGAGGAGAGCAGCCCUGGCGGAAUCUGAGGAGCCGAGGCCGUUGUAUAAAUUGGACAAGGAAGGAAAGGCUGCGGGCAAAGCGCGGUGCUGCACCCGGCCGCCCCAGUGCGGUGCCGCGGCGCGCCUCGGUGCUGCCGCCCUGUGGCGAAACCCCGGUACUGCAGCGCACGGCAAGGGGGGGGGGCAGAUGCCGCGAUUGAGAGACGGGGACGCAACUUGAUGCAAGCAAAGUGUCCACUUUAUUGCUCUUCACACAAUUCUUUUAUACUGUUACAUGCAUAACAACUACUAUCGUGGAUUAUGCUGAUUGGCACAACAAUUAAUUAUCUCAUACAUAUUACAAAGGCUGAGCUCAUGAUAGGUUAGUAAGAGCAUGCAAAUCUGUCCUAGCUCCUUGUUACUAUCGUGUCCUGUGUGCUGGGCAAGCUUUACAGGCUGCUUUCUCACAGCCACAAGGUCCUGUUGCUAAACAGGACAUUCCCAUCUAUCAUCACAAGUUUCUGCUCUUUGUGCUUACAUCUGCAUGUUGUAACUUUUCACGGCCCUUAGUAAUUUUCCAUGCUAACACAACAGGUCGAGUAGCUAGAACUAGCAUAUUAACUAUAGAUAUAUAUUUUUGCUAAUAUCCUAUAAGCCUAGAUAACCCACAGGCAGAGACGCCGAUCGAGCCGCGGGGGUUCGCGGUCGGGUCUGUGCGUGCCGGUGUCCGUCCCCCCCGACGGGGGUCAGGUCCCCAUUGGUGUGCAAACGACACCCCUCCCUCGAUGGCUCCUUAGGAGGGUUAAUCCCAGUCCUCGUUCUUUUGGCAGCGGCGGGUCUGUGACCUCGCGGGAAGCCCAGGCUGCUGCACAGAGCUCGUCGGGAGCGGGAGCCGCGGAGGCGGGGGGCCUCGACGAGCCAGAGCUGCGUCAGACGGAGGGGGGCGCGCGCGCUGCCCGGGGGCCGCGUCCGGCGGAGCCGAAGUGACCUGCGGCGGCAACGAGCGGGAGCCGCUCGGAGCUGGAGCGGCCGUUGGCCGCGCCUUCCCUGGGGAGGUGAGCGCGGGGAGCCCGGCCUCUCUCUCCCUCGGGGAUUAAACGCGCGCCCUUCCCGGGGGCGGCGGCGAGGCGGGUUCCCCCGGCUCUCCCGGGGCGGCCCCGCUGCCGGGGGGCGCGGGCGAGGCGGCGGCAGCGCCUCCUCGGUGCCGGGGGGCGGAGGGGAGAGAGACCUGCCGGCCGGAGCCGCGGGGCGCGCGGCCCCUCGGGCAGGGCGCUCCCGGUCUCUGGGCCGCGGGCCGGGGGCGGCAGACGGGUUCGGGUGCUCUGGCGUGCUUUUUAGCCAGCGUGGCCUUCUCCGCGCCGUGAAGAAAAUCCCGCGCGGUCGAUUCCGCUCGCCGCUCGGGAGAUGCCGCGUCUCUGGGGCCGUGGACUGGGGAAGAACGUUUGCGAGUUGGAGGGCGCUACAAGAUAUUCCGCGGGGAAGCCGGAGAAGAGGCAAAUUGGCUGUCAGCGGAGUUGCGUUCCUUCGGUUUAGGACGUUCAGCUUGCCCUUCCAGAGAAGGAGCAGUCGUGGGUAGGGCCGAGAGAGGCUUUUAGGCGCGUGAUCGGAAUUGGAGCCAAAUGGCACUCGACGUUGCCGCUGUGGGUCUUGGCUUUCAGUGGUUUCCCCGCGGCUGCCUGGUGUUUGGGAGCUCGGAGCGGGCGUUUUUUUUUCCCCCAAGGAGAGGCUGUGCUUGAAACAGAACUUGCUUGAAGAAGACAGACGAGGCGGGUGAGGAUGCAGAGCGGGCCAAUCAGAUCGCUCGGGAGGGCUGGAGGGGCGGAGCGCCGAUAGGCGGGGAGCAUGGCAAUUGAUGUGCGUAGGCAGCCAAUGAGGUUGCCGGGGGGGCGGGCGUUGCGGUGUCCGUACUGCGCAUGCCCAACUUGCGCAGUCCUCAGUCAGGUCCGACGCUGAGGCGGGCACCUGGGGGCGGAGCGCGGGAAGGAGCAUCCAAUAGGAGGACGGCGCGGCGGGGUGGAAAGCAGCCAAUCAGAGCGCGCCGUCUCAAUCCCGUUUGAACAGCUGCCUCCCUGGCAAACGCGUCCGUGGGGUCCCGGGGCGGGUAGCGGGAGUUAACGGGGAAACGGGGGUCGGGGCGAGGGAGGGGAGGCUGUGGAGCGCUCAUUUUGGCCUCUCCGUCCCUUUUGCCUCUCUCUCCCUCUCUCUGUGUCUCCUUGUCUUGCUCCCUGUCCCUGUCUUUCUCUGGUAAGCUGACCUGCUCUUUGCCCUUCUUUUUUUGUGGAAUCACAGGCUCCUUCUGCUUGGAAAAGACACGUGCAGUUUUAAAUUUGGGUUUGAACUCUAGGGUUUUUUUUCCCCCAUUAGCGUAAGUGGACGGCACGUUGUCCUGUGGCUCAAUCCCCGUUCUGUUCCGUGGAGCCUUCAGUUUAGGAUGUUCAGGUAAGACAGUUUGUCCUUCCAGAGAAGGAGCAGUCACCGGUAGGACCGAGAGAGGCUUUUAAGCGCGUGAUCGGAACUGAAGCCAAAUGGCACUUGACGUUGCCGCUGUGGGUCUUGGCUUUCACUGGUUUCCCCGCGGCUCCCUGGUGUUGGGGAGCUCGGAGCGGGCACGUUUUUUUCCCCGAGGGGAGGCUGUGCUUAAAAAAGAACGUGUUUCCUCAGAGAAGUGCAAGUCCGCGUGCGUAAGACAGACAAAAACCCCAGCCAGCCUAGUCAAGUUCUGAGCGUGCGUCUGUCAGGCGGCUGCUUUACGUUGAGGAGCGCACGGCCGUGCAAUGGUAAGGGCGAAGGGCAAGGCAAGACAGAAGGGUUUUUCCUGCUGCGGGUGACCAGCCGCCCCCCUUUUCCGCGUGAAGCAGAGGAGCGCGGUUCGUUGUCGCCUUUUAAACGCGGCGGCGGCGGCGGCAAGCCGAGCGGCCGGAGGGCGCGGGGUGGGGGGGGGGGUCCCGGCAGGGCGGCGACCCGGCGGGUGAGGAUGCAGAGCGGGCCAAUCAGAUGGCGCGGGAGGGCUGGAGGGCUGGAGGAGCGGAGCGCUGGUUGGCUGCCUAGGCACGUCAGUUGCCUUUCUGUCUGCCAAUCAGAUUGCCGGGGGGGCGGGCGUCGAGGGCUGGGUACUGCGCAUGCCCCAAAGAGCGAGCGCUGAUAGGCGGAGAGAUGCUGAUUGGCGUGCCGCCCGCAGCCAAUGAUGUUGCCGAAGGGGCGGGCGUUGCGGCGUCCCUAGUGCGCAUGCCCCAGCCGCGAUCGCUGAUAGGCGGCGAGAGAGGUGAUUGACGUGUCCCGGGGAGCCAACCGGGAUGCGGCAAGGGGCGGGAGCUGCGGUCUCCCUACUGCGCAUGCCCCAGCCGCGAUCGCUGAUAGGCGGCAAGAGGGCUGAUUGACGUGUCCCGGGGAGCCAACCGGGAUGCGGCAAGGGGCGGGUGCUGCGGUCUCCCUACUGCGCAUGCCCAAACCGCCAGCGCUGAUAGGUCCGCGGUGUCUCGGUGCCGCGCCGUGGGGGGAGACCGGGAGCGAACGGGAACGGGGGUCGGGGCGGCUGCGGAGCGCUCGCUGCGGCCGGCGCCCGGGCAUCGGGAGGCGGGCGGCUCAGGGCCGCCCUUCGUGAGGUUUCCCGGAGGCGGCAGAAGGGCGGAGGGGAAGGAGGGGACAGCCGGGGACCUCCCGCCGCGCGCGUGUCCGGGGCGCGGCGGCUGUCGGUGCCCGCGGAGCCCGGCGGGACGGCGGGGGAGCGCGAGGGGCACGGAGCGGCGAAAGAGGCGGCAGGUGAGUGCGGCAGCGGCGAGGGUGACCGUGCCGUUGGAACGGGGGGAGCGGGAGGGGGCGGCGCGGCGCGGCGCGGAGGCGUUCGGUUCCGGUUCCCCCCCCCGCCCCCCCCGCCCCCCCCCCGCCCUUACGGCCGCGCUGGCGAAGCUGCUGGGAGGCGUGCGGUCCGGAGCCGCGUCUCCCUCCGGCGCAGCGCCCGUGCCCGGUGCGGCAGCCCCUCCGGGAGCGGCGCAGCCCCCGUCGGUCGCGGGGACGGUUACAAGCAGAGCUAAGGCGCGGUUGCGGGCGGGCUGGGUGGCGUGGCGAGCGGGGCGCCGCUCCGGCGGGAGCUCGGGGCGAGCCCCGGCGGGUUCCGUGUCCUGCGGGCGCGGCUUUCGCGCCGCGGCUCUCUCUGUGCGCUUUUUUGUUUGGUCGCGUUUGUUUUUUGGGGUUUUUUUGGCGGGAUUCCCGCGAAACGCGGCACGAGCGCUCGCCCGGGGCUGCCGCGGCGGGUCUCAGUGGCGCCGUCCUGUGGGCAAAGCGCGGUACUGCACCCGGCCGCCCCAACGCGGUGCCGCGGCGCGCCUCGGUGCUGCCGCCCUGUGGCGAAACUCGGGUACUGCAGCGCACGGCAAGGGGGGGGGGCAGAGACGCCGAUCGAGCCGCGGGGGUUCGCGGUCGGGUCUGUGCGUGCCGGUGUCCGUCCCCCCCCGACGGGGGUCAGGUCCCCAUUGGUGUGCAAACGACAUCCCUCCCUCGGGGCCUCCUUAAACGUUUAAUGACGUAAAUAUUGCUCCUGCUAACGUUGUCGGCGCGGCUUCUUUCCUCAGGGGAUCCGUCCGGCAGUCGGUGGCCCACGGUUGCUCGGCAACAGCAGAAGCGGAUUGAAGGGACCGGCCGCUGGAGGAUGCCGAAGCCUCCCGGGUCAGCGGUGGGAGCAGCUUUGCGUAAAGCGAGGGGUACGUGAAGCCGGGCGUGCGGUGCCGACCGCCCAGCAGGUAAGGGAAGCUAAAGCUUUACCUCCAGGGACUUCUGCCCAGAAAGCUGAAGCAAUUGCUCUCGCGUGAGCUGUAGAGUUACGCAAAGAGAAGAAGAUUAGUAGCUGCACUGCAGGUUUCUUGAAGGGUGCGGGCCCUUGAAGCCGUUUGAAAAGAAUAAAGUGUAUUAACGGCACAAGGGAGGCAGAUUAAACGUGAUGCUCCGGUUGCUGGAAGCUGUGCUGUUGCGAGGAGAGUUGCCGUCACGCGUUGCAACGGGCCUCAGAAGGGAAACGCUGCUCAGGAAACUGGCCAUAAAUUGGCAGGCUCCGCUGUCAAACCAGCCACCGAGAGGACCGAGACCGGUACGGAAGCCGCGUCUCUGAGCCCAGGUGGCCGUGUCCUCCAGCCAACGUCAGGGAACUGUAACAAAGAGGAUAAGCAAUUAAUAGGAGAUUAAUAGCCCGAUCAGAAUUAGGGUCCAAAGGAGCCGUCACCGGCGACGGGAGAGCAGCGGCGCCUCGCGGCGCGAGGAGCUGACGCGCUCUGUCGAGAUCGGACGAACAGGUAAGAGCGAAUUUAGAAGCCCUGUGCGAGCGAGGCAAUGGGAAACGUGCCUAGAAAACCGUCUUGAUGGUGCACACGGGGCACAGACAAGAGCAGCCGGACGAGGGAAACGUACCAGGACAACGCUGGCAAAGGGAGUUCUCCGAGCUGCCUGGAAAAGGGGGGUGUCGAUACCGGCCGGCACGAACGGCUCCCUUCUCGGGUCGGCCGGAAGCGUUGCCGUGCCGGGGGGCGGCUGCCGGCCUGCGGGCCGGGGGCUGCGGCUGUUUGGGGCGCUGCCCCCGCUUUGUUUUCCUCGGGGAGCCCCCCCACGUUCGGGGGCUUGUGGGACGUGCACGUGCGAAUGACACGGUGUUCCCAGCUGCUCUGUUCUCUGCCUUGUUUUUUCAGACGCCUGUCCCUGUUUUCUCUUCCCGCUUUUGAAGAGAAGCUGCCGAGUUAGCGUACGCUGCGGUGAAGUUCUACAAGAUGCGGCCCUCAGGAACCGGUUGACGUGAGGGAAAUGCUUUCUGACCGCCUGCGCGGUGAGGGGACGUUUUUCACCUUUUAGCUCCUUCUGCACGACAAGAGGGAGACGGAAGGUUAAGUAACACGUUGUUUAGGAGCUGAGAGCUUGGUUUGCAUUUAACUAAUAAUUAAGAGACGUGUUGUCAGCGAGAAACUAAACGAUUACAACUAACCUCAUCAAAUGAAGUAAAGACAGGCCAGCCAGGCGUGGUGGUGGAGUUGCUCUCUAUGUGAGAGAGCAGCUACAGUGUACUAAAUUCUGCCCAGGAGCGGAUGAGGAGCGAGUUGAGAGUGUAUGGGUCAGGAUCAAGGGGCAGGCUGGCAGGGGUGACACUGCUGUGGGCGUCUGUUGCAGGCCACCAGAUCAGGCUGAGGAAGCUGAUGAGGCCUUCUAUGGGCAGCUGAGAGCGGCCUCACGGUCACAGGCCCUGUUGUUGUGGGGGAUUUUAAGUUCCCUGGUGUUUGCUGGAAGGACCGUUCAGCCAGCCAGCCACAGUCCAGGAGGUUCCUGCCGUGCAUCGGUGAGAACCGCCUCAUGCAGGUGGUGGAGGAGCCGACUGGGAGAGGUGCACUGCUGGAUCUCAUCCUCGCUAGCAAGGAGGGUCUGGUCGAAGCAGGAAAGGUUGAGGGCUGCCUGGGCUGCAGUGACCACGAGAAGGUGGAGUUCAGCAUCUUGGGUGGCAGGAACAGAACAGCAAGUAGAAUUGCAACCCUGGACUUUAGCAGGGCUAACUUUGGCCUUUUCAAGCAAUUGCUGGGGGAAAUCCCACGGGCAAGACUGCUUGAAGGAAAAGGGGCCCGAGAUAGCUGGGUUGCAUUCAGAGAUUGCUUCUUCCACCUCAGGAUCAGAGCAUCCCCACACGAAGGGAGUCGAGGAAGGGAGCCAGGAGGCCUGCGUGGUUGAACAGGGACCUGUUGGGUAUGCUCAAGCAGAAGAGGAGAGUUUGCAGGUCAUGGAGGCAGGGGCUGGCCACUUGGGAGGAAUAUAGGGCUGCUGUUAGAGGAUGCAGGAAGGCAGCUAGGAUAGCCAAGGCCCCCUAGAAUUACAGCUGGCGAGAGGGGUCAAGGACAGCAAAAAGAGCUUUUUCAAAUACAUAGCAGAUAAAACUAACACCAGAGGCAAUGUAGGCCCACUGAUGAACGGGGUGGGUGCCCUGGUGGCAGAAGAUACAGAGGAGGCAGAAUUCCUGAAUGCCUUCUUUGUCUCUGUCUACUCUGCCGGAGGCCGUCCUGGGGAGCCCUGUACCCCUGAGACCCCGGAUGAAGCCAGGUCAGUGGAGGAGUUUGCUUUAGUCGAUGAGGACUGGGUUAGGGAGCAAUUAAAUAGUCUGGACAUCCAUAAAUCCACGGGUCCGGAUGGGAUGCACCCGCGGGUGCUGAGGGAGCCGGCUGAAGUCACUGCUGGACCGCUCUCCGUCAUCUUUGCCAAGUCUUGGGAAACGGGGGAGGUGCCCGAGGAUUGGAGGAAAGCAAAUGUCACUGCAGUCUUCAAAAAGGGCAAGAAGGAGGACCCGGGUAAUUAGAGACCGGUCAGCCUCUCCUCUGUCCCUGGGAAAGUAAUGGAACAGCUUCGUCUGGACAACAGAGCAGUGAGGUGGGUUGCAAACUGGCUUAAGGAGAGAAGCCAGAGAGCGGUAGUCAAUGGUGCGGAGUCCAGCUGGAGGCCAGUAUCCAGUGCAGUGCCUCAGGGGUCAGCGCUGGGGCCAAUGUUAUUCAGUAUAUUCAUUAACGAUUUGGACGAGGGAAUAGAGUGCACUAUCGGCAAGUUUGCUGAUGACACCAAGCUGGGAGGGGUGGCUGACACGCCAGAAGGCUGUGCUGCCAUCAGAGACCUGGACAGGCUGGAGAGUUGGGCGGGGAAUAACCUGAUGAAAUUUGACAAGGGCAAGUGUAGAGUCCUGCACCUGGGCAGGAACAACCCCAGGUUCCAGUAUAGGUUGGGAAAUUACAUAUUAGAGAGCAGUGUAGGGGAAAGGGACCUGGGGGUCCUGGUGGACAGCAGGGUGACCAUGAGCCAGCCCUGUGCCCUUGUGGCCAGGAAGGCCAAUGGCAUCCUGGGGUGUAUUAGAAGGGGGGUGGUUAGUAGGUGGAGAGAGGUCCUCCUUCCCCUCUGCUCCGCCCUGGUGAGACCGCAUCUGGAAUAUUGUGUCCAGUUGUGGGCCCCUCAGUUCCAGAAGGACAGGGAACUGCUGGAGAGGGUCCAGCGUAGGGCAACCAAGAUGAUUAAGGGAGUGGAGCAUCUCCCGUGUGAGGAAAGGCUGAGGGAGCUGGGGCUCUUUAGUUUGGAGAAGAGGAGACUAAGGGGGGACCUUAUCAAUGUUUAUAAAUACAUAAAGGGUGAGUGCCAUGAGGAUGGAGCCAGGCUCUUCUCGGUGGCAAACAACGAUAGGACAAGGGGUAAUGGGAUCAAGCUGGAACACAAGAGGUUCCGCUUAAAUUUGAGAAGAAACUUCUUCUCAGUGAGGGUGGCAGAGCCUGGCCCAGGCUGCCCAGGGGGGUUGCGGAGCCUCCUUCUCUGGAGACAUUCAAAACCCGCCUGGACGUGCUCCUGUGCGACCUCACCUGGGCGUUCCUGCUCCACGGGGGGAUUGGACUGGAUGAUCUUUUGAGGUCCCUUCCCGUCCCAAACAUACUGUGAUACUGUGAAGAAUGCGGCUUAGCAGCGCUGCUGACUCUGCCGUCCCGUUCCCUUCCCCGUUUCAGCCGGCGAGGUGGCCGGAGGACCCGCUCUGUGCGGCCGCGGGGCCCGCGGAGUCGAGGGCUCUGUCGGCGCGCCCCGGGGGUUUCUCUGGAGAGACUCCUCGUCUCGGUCGCGUCGCGGCGGGGACGGACGAGGACCUCUGGCGAGGGGUCUUUCUGCGCUGGGAGCCGGGACCGGGCACGCGCUCGCGGGGCGUCCGUAAGUCGCGGUACGGAAUUUAGGCAGGAUAGCGCGCACGGGCUUGCGAGCGCCUUACAGGCGUGCGGUGGUUGCUCGUGCGGCCAGCUUUUGGUGUCGGUUGUUCCGGCGCUCCGUCGCGGUGUAGAGCCGGCCCCGUACGUAGCGGUGAGGCGUACCGCAGUUCGGUUUGAUUCUCGGAUAGGCCUCGGCUCUGACUGUGCACUCGAACGCCAAAACCUACAGCGGAAGCUGCGGUGGCUUUAGCGUGCAAGGGGCGCGAGCGCCGUGAAGCCGCCCGUGUGGCCGAGCGUCCCGAUCGCGGCGCUGAGCGUUAGACGGACUUGAGCCGCGUGCCGGAAUUGUUUUGUUUUGGAGAGGGCGGGAUAAACCUGGAGCACAACUUGUGAGGGCGGUACGUCGUGGGCAGGUUUUAGUAUUGCCUGUGGAGUGCCGCUAGAAGCGUUCGUAGUUCUUGCUUGUCUCUGUUACAAGAUGAGCCGUGUCGUCCUGCGUGACGCGUAACGGGAGGACGGCGCGGUAGCGGUGCUCUGCACAAGAGCCCGUUGGGCGGUAUUUUAGCUCGUGGGAAAGGGAUUGGGGAACCACCUGGUGGGAAUGCGAGGAGAGCAGCCCUGGCGGAAUCUGAGGAGCCGAGGCCGUUGUAUAAAUUGGACAAGGAAGGAAAGGCUGCGGGCACAGCGCGGUGCUGCACCCGGCCGCCCCAACGCGGAACUCUAAUGUGGAAUUCCUGUGUUUCAGAGGGGGAGCUGUGACCGCCCCGUGCUCAGCAGACCCCCCAGCCCGGGUGGGGGGAGCAGCGCCGGAGCGGGAGACGCGGCUCCGUCCUCCGUCCCCAGCGUGCCGGGGGGCGGCUGCCGGCCUGUGGGACGUGGCUGCGGCUGUUCGGGGCGCUGCCCCCCCAUGUUUGGGCGCUCUGGUAUGUACAUAGGUAAAUGGCGUUUUAAAGUAACGUGCUGCCCGCUGGGGCUGUUUUCCUUUUCUACCUUUUUUUUUUUUGAGUGAAUAAAUGGGGGGACUCGGGGGGUGACGAUGACGUUACUGGAGGAGCAGGCCAGUGAGAGAUGGGGGCAUUCAGCCCCAAAACGCCUGAACAGUCAUGGGUGGGGUGUUUAGUGGUGCUGUGGGGAGGAGAAAUUUCUCCCUGUCCGUUGCAGAGAAAACAGAACAAUCCCACAUCAAAGCUGUCCUAGAGAAGUACUUGCUGUUUGUCAUUGCGGUUCUAGAGCAGCCCGAUGUGCUGUUAAAGGUUGUGGUGGUGCGGGUCAGGGAUCCCCAGGCUGUGCCGAGACCGCAGGACGGCUGCUGGUGGAACAAAGUCAAGGACAGCUUCUCAGAGUAAGAACCUCUCUAUUUGUUCUCCUCGGGACACAUCCCUUUGCCUCUGGACCCCUCACAAGCUCACUCGCCACCUUGUUCCCUCAGAAACCCGUUUCCUCCCAGUUCCUCUGCGAUUACCCUGCCUGCCUUUGGGUCCCUGCAGGCUCGUUGGUGGCAUCACGGUGCCUGUUUGACCUUUUGCCCCGUUAAAUUCCACUCUUUUCUCUCUUCCCCUCAAAACUUCCCCGGUUGCUCUUGUCACAUCCCAGAGGCCUCAUUUUCCCCUCUUGUCUCCUCUCAGGACCCCCCAUCUGUUGGCCCCUGUCGAGGGUUUAGAUUGCGGGGUGACAGUAAAACCCUGGCAGAUGUAUUGUUAACCCCGUCUCCCCCCCACUUCCCCCUUUUGCCCCUCCCUCUCCCCCCUUCCCACUCAGGACAGGCGAUCCGGAGGGAAAGAAGGACAGAGAGAAGAGAGUUGGAAAAACUGGCAAUGUUUUACUAAUGCUAUAUUAAGAGUAGAGAAAAUAAUACAAAACCAAUCCUGAAAGUCUCAGCAACUGCAGAGCCGGCACCUGAAGUCCUGGACUGGACUCUGCAGCCAACCGGAGCUGGAUUCAGUCUCUCAGCAGGCCUCAGUUUGCAGGGACGACUAGCAAGGUCCUCUCCUAAUGUCACCAUAAGCAGAAGGGACGAAAAGGGGCAAAGAGGACAAGAUCCUCAUGAUCUGCCACUUCUAUAUGAAGUAUUCAUGUGAAGGGGAUGUUAUACACGGUUGGUCAGUUUGUUGGUCACCUGUUUCUUGUUGCUCCUCUUGCAAGAUGUGAAUCUGUCCUUAUCAACAAGUAAGCAUUCCAUUGCAAUGUUUAUCAAAACAUGUAUGUGUCUGGUUCUCCAGGAAAAGGCAGCUAAUAUGAAGCUUUAGCUGACAGGCAAAUUCAUGCUGUCUGCCUAUCAGAUUGCCGGAGGGGCGGGCGUCGAGGGCUGGGUACUGCGUGCCGCCCGCAGCCAAUGAUGGUGCGGAAGAGGCGGGCGUUGCGGUGUCCCUACUGCGCAUGCCCCAGUCGCGAGCGCUGAUAGGCGGAGAGGGAGAUGAUUGACGUGUCCCGGGGAGCGAACCGGGAUGCGGCAAGGGGCGGGUGCUGCAGUCUCCCUAGUGCGCAUGCCCAAACCGCGAGCGCUGAUAGGUCCGCGGUGUCUCGGGGCCGGGGCCGGGGGGGGAGACCGGGAGCGAACGGGAACGGGGGUCGGGGCGGCUGCGGAGCGCUCGCUGCGGCCGGCGCCCGGGCAUCGGGAGGCGGGCGGCUCAGGGCCGCCCUUCGUGAGGUUUCCCGGAGGCGGCAGAAGGGCGGAGGGGAAGGAGGGGACAGCCGGGGACCUCCCGCCGCGCGCGUGUCCGGGGCGCGGCGGCUGUCGGUGCCCGCGGAGCCCGGCGGGACGGCGGGGGAGCGCGAGGGGCACGGAGCGGCGAAAGAGGCGGCAGGUGAGUGCGGCAGCGGCGAGGGUGACCGUGCCGUUGGAACGGGGGGAGCGGGAGGGGGCGGCGCGGCGCGGAGGCGUUCGGUUCCGGUUCCCCCCCCCGCCCCCCCCGCCCCCCCCCGCCCUUACGGCCGCGCUGGCGAAGCUGCUGGGAGGCGUGCGGUCCGGAGCCGCGUCUCCCUCCGGCGCAGCGCCCGUGCCCGGUGCGGCAGCCCCUCCGGGAGCGGCGCAGCCCCCGUCGGUCGCGGGGACGGUUACAAGCAGAGCUAAGGCGCGGUUGCGGGCGGGCUGGGUGGCGUGGCGAGCGGGGCGCCGCUCCGGCGGGAGCUCGGGGCGAGCCCCGGCGGGUUCCGUGUCCUGCGGGCGCGGCUUUCGCGCCGCGGCUCUCUCUGUGCGCUUUUUUGUUUGGUCGCGUUUGUUUUUUGGGGUUUUUUUGGCGGGAUUCCCGCGAAACGCGGCACGAGCGCUCGCCCGGGGCUGCCGCGGCGGGUCUCAGUGGCGCCGUCCUGUGGGCAAAGCGCGGUACUGCACCCGGCCGCCCCAACGCGGUGCCGCGGCGCGCCUCGGUGCUGCCGCCCUGUGGCGAAACUCGGGUACUGCAGCGCACGGCAAGGGGGGGGGGCAGAGACGCCGAUCGAGCCGCGGGGGUUCGCGGUCGGGUCUGUGCGUGCCGGUGUCCGUCCCCCCCCGACGGGGGUCAGGUCCCCAUUGGUGUGCAAACGACAUCCCUCCCUCGGGGCCUCCUUAAACGUUUAAUGACGUAAAUAUUGCUCCUGCUAACGUUGUCGGCGCGGCUUCUUUCCUCAGGGGAUCCGUCCGGCAGUCGGUGGCCCACGGUUGCUCGGCAACAGCAGAAGCGGAUUGAAGGGACCGGCCGCUGGAGGAUGCCGAAGCCUCCCGGGUCAGCGGUGGGAGCAGCUUUGCGUGAAGCGAGGGGUACGUGAAGCCGGGCGUGCGGUGCCGACCGCCCAGCAGGUAAGGGAAGCUAAAGCUUUACCUCCAGGGACUUCUGCCCAGAAAGCUGAAGCAAUUGCUCUCGCGUGAGCUGUAGAGUUACGCAAAGAGAAGAAGAUUAGUAGCUGCACUGCAGGUUUCUUGAAGGGUGCGGGCCCUUGAAGCCGUUUGAAAAGAAUAAAGUGUAUUAACGGCACAAGGGAGGCAGAUUAAACGUGAUGCUCCGGUUGCUGGAAGCUGUGCUGUUGCUAGGAGAGUUGCCGUCACGCGUUGCAACGGGCCUCAGAAGGGAAACGCUGCUCAGGAAACUGGCCAUAAAUUGGCAGGCUCCGCUGUCAAACCAGCCACCGAGAGGACCGAGACCGGUACGGAAGCCGCGUCUCUGAGCCCAGGUGGCCGUGUCCUCCAGCCAACGUCAGGGAACUGUAACAAAGAGGAUAAGCAAUUAAUAGGAGAUUAAUAGCCCGAUCAGAAUUAGGGUCCAAAGGAGCCGUCACGGGCGACGGGAGAGCAGCGGCGCCUCGCGGCGCGAGGAGCUGACGCGCUCUGUCGAGAUCGGACGAACAGGUAAGAGCGAAUUUAGAAGCCCUGUGCGAGCGAGGCAAUGGGAAACGUGCCUAGAAAACCGUCUUGAUAGUGCACACGGGGUACAGACAAGAGCAGCCGGACGAGGGAAACGUACCAGGACGACACUGGCAAAGGGAGUUCUCCGAGCUGCCUGGAAAAGGGGGGUGUCGAUACCGGCCGGCACGAACAGCUCCCUUCUCGGGUCGGCCGGAAGCGUUGCCGUGCCGGGGGGCGGCUGCCGGCCUGCGGGCCGGGGCUGCGGCUGUUUGGGGCGCUGCCCCCGCUUUGUUUUCCUCGGGGAGCCCCCCCACGUUCGGGGGCUUGUGGGACGUGCACGUGCGAAUGACACGGUGUUCCCAGCUGCUCUGUUCUCUGCCUUGUUUUUUCAGGUGCCUGUCCCUGUUUUCUCUUCCCGCUUUUGAAGAGAAGCUGCCGAGUCAGCGUACGCUGCGGUGAAGUUCUACAAGAUGCAGCCCUCAGGAACCGGUUGACGUGAGGGAAAUGCUUUCUGACCGCCUGCGCGGUGAGGGGACGUUUUUCACCUUUUAGCUCCUUCUGCACGACAAGAGGGAGACGGAAGGUUAAGUAACACGUUGUUUAGGAGCUGAGAGCUUGGUUUGCAUUUAACUAAUAAUUAAGAGACGUGUUGUCAGCGAGAAACUAAACGAUUACAACUAACCUCAUCAAAUGAAGUAAAGACAGGCCAGCCAGGCGUGGUGGUGGAGUUGCUCUCUAUGUGAGAGAGCAGCUACAGUGUACUAAAUUCUGCCCAGGAGCGGAUGAGGAGCGAGUUGAGAGUGUAUGGGUCAGGAUCAAGGGGCAGGCUGGCAGGGGUGACACUGCUGUGGGCGUCUGUUACAGGCCACCAGAUCAGGCCGAGGAAGCUGAUGAGGCCUUCUAUGGGCAGCUGAGAGCGGCCUCACGGUCACAGGCCCUGGUUGUUGUGGGGGAUUUUAAGUUCCCUGCUGUUUGCUGGAAGGACCGUUCAGCCAGCCAGCCACAGUCCAGGAGGUUCCUGCCGUGCAUCGGUGAGAACCGCCUCAUGCAGGUGGUGGAGGAGCCGACUGGGAGAGGUGCACUGCUGGAUCUCAUCCUCGCUAGCAAGGAGGGUCUGGUCGAAGCAGGAAAGGUUGAGGGCUGCCUGGGCUGCAGUGACCACGAGAAGGUGGAGUUCAGCAUCUUGGGUGGCAGGAACAGAACAGCAAGUAGAAUUGCAACCCUGGACUUUAGCAGGGCUAACUUUGGCCUUUUCAAGCAAUUGCUGGGGGAAAUCCCACGGGCAAGACUGCUUGAAGGAAAAGGGGCCCGAGAUAGCUGGGUUGCAUUCAGAGAUUGCUUCUUCCACGCUCAGGAUCAGAGCAUCCCCACACGAAGGGAGUCGAGGAAGGGAGCCAGGAGGCCUGCGUGGUUGAACAGGGAUCUGUUGGGUAUGCUCAAGCAGAAGAGGAGAGUUUGCAGGUCAUGGAGGCAGGGGCUGGCCACUUGGGAGGAAUAUAGGGCUGCUGUUAGAGGAUGCAGGAAGGCAGCUAGGAUAGCCAAGGCCCCCUAGAAUUACAGCUGGCGAGAGGGGUCAAGGACAGCAAAAAGAGCUUUUUCAAAUACAUAGCAGAUAAAACUAACACCAGAGGCAAUGUAGGCCCACUGAUGAACGGGGUGGGUGCCCUGGUGGCAGAAGAUACAGAGGAGGCAGAAUUCCUGAAUGCCUUCUUUGUCUCUGUCUACUCUGCCGGAGGCCGUCCUGGGGAGCCCUGUACCCCUGAGACCCCGGAUGAAGCCAGGUCAGUGGAGGAGUUUGCUUUAGUCGAUGAGGACUGGGUUAGGGAGCAAUUAAAUAGUCUGGACAUCCAUAAAUCCACGGGUCCGGAUGGGAUGCACCCGCGGGUGCUGAGGGAGCCGGCUGAAGUCACUGCUGGACCGCUCUCCGUCAUCUUUGCCAAGUCUUGGGAAACGGGGGAGGUGCCCGAGGAUUGGAGGAAAGCAAAUGUCACUGCAGUCUUCAAAAAGGGCAAGAAGGAGGACCCGGGUAAUUAGAGACCGGUCAGCCUCUCCUCUGUCCCUGGGAAAGUAAUGGAACAGCUUCGUCUGGACAACAGAGCAGUGAGGUGGGUUGCAAACUGGCUUAAGGAGAGAAGCCAGAGAGCGGUAGUCAAUGGUGCGGAGUCCAGCUGGAGGCCAGUAUCCAGUGCAGUGCCUCAGGGGGCAGCGCUGGGGCCAAUAUUAUUCAAUAUAUUCAUUAACGAUUUGGACGAGGGAAUAGAGUGCACUAUCGGCAAGUUUGCUGAUGACACCAAGCUGGGAGGGGUGGCUGACACGCCAGAAGGCUGUGCUGCCAUCAGAGACCUGGACAGGCUGGAGAGUUGGGCGGGGAAUAACCUGAUGAAAUUUGACAAGGGCAAGUGUAGAGUCCUGCACCUGGGCAGGAACAACCCCAGGUUCCAGUAUAGGUUGGGAAAUUACAUGUUAGAGAGCAGUGUAGGGGAAAGGGACCUGGGGGUCCUGGUGGACAGCAGGGUGACCAUGAGCCAGCCCUGUGCCCUUGUGGCCAGGAAGGCCAAUGGCAUCCUGGGGUGUAUUAGAAGGGGGGUGGUUAGUAGGUGGAGAGAGGUCCUCCUUCCCCUCUGCUCCGCCCUGGUGAGACCGCAUCUGGAAUAUUGUGUCCAGUUGUGGGCCCCUCAGUUCCAGAAGGACAGGGAACUGCUGGAGAGGGUCCAGCGUAGGGCAACCAAGAUGAUUAAGGGAGUGGAGCAUCUCCCGUGUGAGGAAAGGCUGAGGGAGCUGGGGCUCUUUAGUUUGGAGAAGAGGAGACUAAGGGGGGACCUUAUCAAUGUUUAUAAAUACAUAAAGGGUGAGUGCCAUGAGGAUGGAGCCAGGCUCUUCUCGGUGGCAAACAACGAUAGGACAAGGGGUAAUGGGAUCAAGCUGGAACACAAGAGGUUCCGCUUAAAUUUGAGAAGAAACUUCUUCUCAGUGAGGGUGGCAGAGCCUGGCCCAGGCUGCCCAGGGGGGUUGCGGAGCCUCCUUCUCUGGAGACAUUCAAAACCCGCCUGGACGUGCUCCUGUGCGACCUCACCUGGGCGUUCCUGCUCCACGGGGGGAUUGGACUGGAUGAUCUUUUGAGGUCCCUUCCCGUCCCAAACAUACUGUGAUACUGUGAAGAAUGCGGCUUAGCAGCGCUGCUGACUCUGCCGUCCCGUUCCCUUCCCCGUUUCAGCCGGCGAGGCGGCCGGAGGACCCGCUCUGUGCGGCCGCGGGGCCCGCGGAGUCGAGGGCUCUGUCGGCGCGCCCCGGGGGUUUCUCUGGAGAGACUCCUCGUCUCGGUCGCGUGGCGGCGGGGACGGACGAGGACCUCUGGCGAGGGGUCUUUCUGCGCUGGGAGCCGGGACCGGGCACGCGCUCGCGGGGCGUCCGUAAGUCGCGGUACGGAAUUUAGGCAGGAUAGCGCGCACGGGCUUGCGAGCGCCUUACAGGCGUGCGGUGGUUGCUCGUGCGGCCAGCUUUUGGUGUCGGUUGUUCCGGCGCUCCGUCGCGGUGUAGAGCCGGCCCCGUACGUAGCGGUGAGGCGUACCGCAGUUCGGUUUGAUUCUCGGAUAGGCCUCGGCUCUGACUGUGCACUCGAACGCCAAAACCUACAGCGGAAGCUGCGGUGGCUUUAGCGUGCAAGGGGCGCGAGCGCCGUGAAGCCGCCCGUGUGGCCGAGCGUCCCGAUCGCGGCGCUGAGCGUUAGACGGACUUGAGCCGCGUGCCGGAAUCGUUUUGUUUUGGAGAGGGCGGGAUAAACUUGGAGCACAACUUGUGAGGGCGGUACGUCGUGGGCAGGUUUUAGUAUUGCCUGUGGAGUGCCGCUAGAAGCGUUCGUAGUUCUUGCUUGUCUCUGUUACAAGAUGAGCCGUGUCGUCCUGCGUGACGCGUAACGGGAGGACGGCGCGGUAGCGGUGCUCUGCAAAAGAGCCCGUUGGGGGGUAUUUUAGCUCGCGGGAAAGGGAUUGGGGAACCACCUGGUGGGAAUGCGAGGAGAGCAGCCCUGGCGGAAUCUGAGGAGCCGAGGCCGUUGUAUAAAUUGGACAAGGAAGGAAAGGCUGCGGGCAAAGCGCGGUGCUGCACCCGGCCGCCCCAGUGCGGUGCCGCGGCGCGCCUCGGUGCUGCCGCCCUGUGGCGAAACCCCGGUACUGCAGCGCACGGCAAGGGGGGGGGGCAGAUGCCGCGAUUGAGAGACGGGGACGCAACUUGAUGCAAGCAAAGUGUCCACUUUAUUGCUCUUCACACAAUUCUUUUAUACUGUUACAUGCAUAACAACUACUAUCGUGGAUUAUGCUGAUUGGCACAACAAUUAAUUAUCUCAUACAUAUUACAAAGGCUGAGCUCAUGAUAGGUUAGUAAGAGCAUGCAAAUCUGUCCUAGCUCCUUGUUACUAUCGUGUCCUGUGUGCUGGGCAAGCUUUACAGGCUGCUUUCUCACAGCCACAAGGUCCUGUUGCUAAACAGGACAUUCCCAUCUAUCAUCACAAGUUUCUGCUCUUUGUGCUUACAUCUGCAUGUUGUAACUUUUCACGGCCCUUAGUAAUUUUCCAUGCUAACACAACAGGUCGAGUAGCUAGAACUAGCAUAUUAACUAUAGAUAUAUAUUUUUGCUAAUAUCCUAUAAGCCUAGAUAACCCACAGGCAGAGACGCCGAUCGAGCCGCGGGGGUUCGCGGUCGGGUCUGUGCGUGCCGGUGUCCGUCCCCCCCGACGGGGGUCAGGUCCCCAUUGGUGUGCAAACGACACCCCUCCCUCGAUGGCUCCUUAGGAGGGUUAAUCCCAGUCCUCGUUCUUUUGGCAGCGGCGGGUCUGUGACCUCGCGGGAAGCCCAGGCUGCUGCACAGAGCUCGUCGGGAGCGGGAGCCGCGGAGGCGGGGGGCCUCGACGAGCCAGAGCUGCGUCAGACGGAGGGGGGCGCGCGCGCUGCCCGGGGGCCGCGUCCGGCGGAGCCGAAGUGACCUGCGGCGGCAACGAGCGGGAGCCGCUCGGAGCUGGAGCGGCCGUUGGCCGCGCCUUCCCUGGGGAGGUGAGCGCGGGGAGCCCGGCCUCUCUCUCCCUCGGGGAUUAAACCCGCGCCCGUCCGCGCCCUUCCCGGGGGCGGCGGCGAGGCGGGUUCCCCCGGCUCUCCCGGGGCGGCCCCGCUGCCGGGGGGCGCGGGCGAGGCGGCGGCAGCGCCUCCUCGGUGCCGGGGGGCGGAGGGGAGAGAGACCUGCCGGCCGGAGCCGCGGGGCGCGCGGCCCCUCGGGCAGGGCGCUCCCGGUCUCUGGGCCGCAGGCCGGGGGCGGCAGACGGGUUCGGGUGCUCUGGCGUGCUUUUUAGCCAGCGUGGCCUUCUCCGCGCCGUGAAGAAAAUCCCGCGCGGUCGAUUCCGCUCGCCGCUCGGGAGAUGCCGCGUCUCUGGGGCCGUGGACUGGGGAAGAACGUUUGCGAGUUGGAGGGCGCUACAAGAUAUUCCGCGGGGAAGCCGGAGAAGAGGCAAAUUGGCUGUCAGCGGAGUUGCGUUCCUUCGGUUUAGGACGUUCAGCUUGUCCUUCCAGAGAAGGAGCAGUCGUGGGUAGGGCCGAGAGAGGCUUUUAGGCGCGUGAUCGGAAUUGGAGCCAAAUGGCACUCGACGUUGCCGCCGUGGGUCUUGGCUUUCAGUGGUUUCCCCGCGGCUGCCUGGUGUUUGGGAGCUCGGAGCGGGCAUUUUUUUUCCCCCAAGGAGAGGCUGUGCUUGAAACAGAACUUGCUUGAAGAAGACAGACGAGGCGGGUGAGGAUGCAGAGCGGGCCAAUCAGAUCGCUCGGGAGGGCUGGAGGGGCGGAGCGCCGAUAGGCGGGGAGCAUGGCAAUUGAUGUGCGUAGGCAGCCAAUGAGGUUGCCGGGGGGGCGGGCGUUGCGGUGUCCGUACUGCGCAUGCCCAACUUGCGCAGUCCUCAGUCAGGUCCGACGCUGAGGCGGGCACCUGGGGGCGGAGCGCGGGAAGGAGCAUCCAAUAGGAGGACGGCGCGGCGGGGUGGAAAGCAGCCAAUCAGAGCGCGCCGUCUCAAUCCCGUUUGAACAGCUGCCUCCCUGGCAAACGCGUCCGUGGGGUCCCGGGGCGGGUAGCGGGAGUUAACGGGGAAACGGGGGUCGGGGCGAGGGAGGGGAGGCUGUGGAGCGCUCAUUUUGGCCUCUCCGUCCCUUUUGCCUCUCUCUCCCUCUCUCUGUGUCUCCUUGUCUUGCUCCCUGUCCCUGUCUUUCUCUGGUAAGCUGACCUGCUCUUUGCCCUUCUUUUUUUGUGGAAUCACAGGCUCCUUCUGCUUGGAAAAGACACGUGCAGUUUUAAAUUUGGGUUUGAACUCUAGGGUUUUUUUUCCCCCAUUAGCGUAAGUGGACGGCACGUUGUCCUGUGGCUCAAUCCCCGUUCUGUUCCGUGGAGCCUUCAGUUUAGGAUGUUCAGGUAAGACAGUUUGUCCUUCCAGAGAAGGAGCAGUCACCGGUAGGACCGAGAGAGGCUUUUAAGCGCGUGAUCGGAACUGAAGCCAAAUGGCACUUGACGUUGCCGCUGUGGGUCUUGGCUUUCACUGGUUUCCCCGCGGCUCCCUGGUGUUGGGGAGCUCGGAGCGGGCACGUUUUUUUCCCCGAGGGGAGGCUGUGCUUAAAAAAGAACGUGUUUCCUCAGAGAAGUGCAAGUCCGCGUGCGUAAGACAGACAAAAACCCCAGCCAGCCUAGUCAAGUUCUGAGCGUGCGUCUGUCAGGCGGCUGCUUUACGUUGAGGAGCGCACGGCCGUGCAAUGGUAAGGGCGAAGGGCAAGGCAAGACAGAAGGGUUUUUCCUGCUGCGGGUGACCAGCCGCCCCCCUUUUCCGCGUGAAGCAGAGGAGCGCGGUUCGUUGUCGCCUUUUAAACGCGGCGGCGGCGGCGGCAAGCCGAGCGGCCGGAGGGCGCGGGGUGGGGGGGGGGGGUCCCGGCAGGGCGGCGACCCGGCGGGUGAGGAUGCAGAGCGGGCCAAUCAGAUGGCGCGGGAGGGCUGGAGGGCUGGAGGAGCGGAGCGCUGGUUGGCUGCCUAGGCACGUCAGUUGCCUUUCUGUCUGCCAAUCAGAUUGCCGGGGGGGCGGGCGUCGAGGGCUGGGUACUGCGCAUGCCCCAAAGAGCGAGCGCUGAUAGGCGGAGAGAUGCUGAUUGGCGUGCCGCCCGCAGCCAAUGAUGUUGCCGAAGGGGCGGGCGUUGCGGCGUCCCUAGUGCGCAUGCCCCAGCCGCGAUCGCUGAUAGGCGGCGAGAGAGGUGAUUGACGUGUCCCGGGGAGCCAACCGGGAUGCGGCAAGGGGCGGGAGCUGCGGUCUCCCUACUGCGCAUGCCCCAGCCGCGAUCGCUGAUAGGCGGCAAGAGGGCUGAUUGACGUGUCCCGGGGAGCCAACCGGGAUGCGGCAAGGGGCGGGUGCUGCGGUCUCCCUACUGCGCAUGCCCAAACCGCCAGCGCUGAUAGGUCCGCGGUGUCUCGGUGCCGCGCCGUGGGGGGAGACCGGGAGCGAACGGGAACGGGGGUCGGGGCGGCUGCGGAGCGCUCGCUGCGGCCGGCGCCCGGGCAUCGGGAGGCGGGCGGCUCAGGGCCGCCCUUCGUGAGGUUUCCCGGAGGCGGCAGAAGGGCGGAGGGGAAGGAGGGGACAGCCGGGGACCUCCCGCCGCGCGCGUGUCCGGGGCGCGGCGGCUGUCGGUGCCCGCGGAGCCCGGCGGGACGGCGGGGGAGCGCGAGGGGCACGGAGCGGCGAAAGAGGCGGCAGGUGAGUGCGGCAGCGGCGAGGGUGACCGUGCCGUUGGAACGGGGGGAGCGGGAGGGGCCGGCGCGGCGCGGCGCGGAGGCGUUCGGUUCCGGUUCCCCCCCCCGCCCCCCCCGCCCCCCCCCCGCCCUUACGGCCGCGCUGGCGAAGCUGCUGGGAGGCGUGCGGUCCGGAGCCGCGUCUCCCUCCGGCGCAGCGCCCGUGCCCGGUGCGGCAGCCCCUCCGGGAGCGGCGCAGCCCCCGUCGGUCGCGGGGACGGUUACAAGCAGAGCUAAGGCGCGGUUGCGGGCGGGCUGGGUGGCGUGGCGAGCGGGGCGCCGCUCCGGCGGGAGCUCGGGGCGAGCCCCGGCGGGUUCCGUGUCCUGCGGGCGCGGCUUUCGCGCCGCGGCUCUCUCUGUGCGCUUUUUUGUUUGGUCGCGUUUGUUUUUUGGGUUUUUUUUGGCGGGAUUCCCGCGAAACGCGGCACGAGCGCUCGCCCGGGGCUGCCGCGGCAGGUCUCAGUGGCGCCGUCCUGUGGGCAAAGCGCGGUACUGCACCCGGCCGCCCCAACGCGGUGCCGCGGCGCGCCUCGGUGCUGCCGCCCUGUGGCGAAACCCGGGUACUGCAGCGCACGGCAAGGUGGGGGGGCAGAGACGCCGAUCGAGCCGCGGGGGUUCGCGGUCGGGUCUGUGCGUGCCGGUGUCCGUCCCCCCCCGACGGGGAUCAGGUCCCCAUUGGUGUGCAAACGACAUCCCUCCCUCGGGGCCUCCUUAAACGUUUAAUGACGUAAAUAUUGCUCCUGCUAACGUUGUCGGCGCGGCUUCUUUCCUCAGGGGAUCCGUCCGGCAGUCGGUGGCCCACGGUCGCUCGGCAACAGCAGAAGCGGAUUGAAGGGACCGGCCGCUGGAGGAUGCCGAAGCCUCCCGGGUCAGCGGUGGGAGCAGCUUUGCGUGAAGCGAGGGGUACGUGAAGCCGGGCGUGCGGUGCCGACCGCCCAGCAGGUAAGGGAAGCUAAAGCUUUACCUCCAGGGACUUCUGCCCAGAAAGCUGAAGCAAUUGCUCUCGCGUGAGCUGUAGAGUUACGCAAAGAGAAGAAGAUUAGUAGCUGCACUGCAGGUUUCUUGAAGGGUGCGGGCCCUUGAAGCCGUUUGAAAAGAAUAAAGUGUAUUAACGGCACAAGGGAGGCAGAUUAAACGUGAUGCUCCGGUUGCUGGAAGCUGUGCUGUUGCUAGGAGAGUUGCCGUCACGCGUUGCAACGGGCCUCAGAAGGGAAACGCUGCUCAGGAAACUGGCCAUAAAUUGGCAGGCUCCGCUGUAAAACCAGCCACCGAGAGGACCGAGACCGGUACGGAAGCCGCGUCUCUGAGCCCAGGUGGCCGUGUCCUCCAGCCAACGUCAGGGAACUGUAACAAAGAGGAUAAGCAAUUAAUAGGAGAUUAAUAGCCCGAUCAGAAUUAGGGUCCAAAGGAGCCGUCACCGGCGACGGGAGAGCAGCGGCGCCUCGCGGCGCGAGGAGCUGACGCGCUCUGUCGAGAUCGGACGAACAGGUAAGAGCGAAUUUAGAAGCCCUGUGCGAGCGAGGCAAUGGGAAACGUGCCUAGAAAACCGUCUUGAUAGUGCACACGGGGCACAGACAAGAGCAGCCGGACGAGGGAAACGUACCAGGACGACGCUGGCAAAGGGAGUUCUCCGAGCUGCCUGGAAAAGGGGGGUGUCGAUACCGGCCGGCACGAACGGCUCCCUUCUCGGGUCGGCCGGAAGCGUUGCCGUGCCGGGGGGCGGCUGCCGGCCUGCGGGCCGGGGCUGCGGCUGUUUGGGGCGCUGCCCCCGCUUUGUUUUCCUCGGGGAGCCCCCCCACGUUCGGGGGCUUGUGGGACGUGCACGUGCGAAUGACACGGUGUUCCCAGCUGCUCUGUUCUCUGCCUUGUUUUUUCAGACGCCUGUCCCUGUUUUCUCUUCCCGCUUUUGAAGAGAAGCUGCCGAGUCAGCGUACGCUGCGGUGAAGUUCUACAAGAUGCAGCCCUCAGGAACCGGUUGACGUGAGGGAAAUGCUUUCUGACCGCCUGCGCGGUGAGGGGACGUUUUUCACCUUUUAGCUCCUUCUGCACGACAAGAGGGAGACGGAAGGUUAAGUAACACGUUGUUUAGGAGCUGAGAGCUUGGUUUGCAUUUAACUAAUAAUUAAGAGACGUGUUGUCAGCGAGAAACUAAACGAUUACAACUAACCUCAUCAAAUGAAGUAAAGACAGGCCAGCCAGGCGUGGUGGUGGAGUUGCUCUCUAUGUGAGAGAGCAGCUACAGUGUACUAAAUUCUGCCCAGGAGCGGAUGAGGAGCGAGUUGAGAGUGUAUGGGUCAGGAUCAAGGGGCAGGCUGGCAGGGGUGACACUGCUGUGGGCGUCUGUUGCAGGCCACCAGAUCAGGCUGAGGAAGCUGAUGAGGCCUUCUAUGGGCAGCUGAGAGCGGCCUCACGGUCACAGGCCCUGUUGUUGUGGGGGAUUUUAAGUUCCCUGGUGUUUGCUGGAAGGACCGUUCAGCCAGCCAGCCACAGUCCAGGAGGUUCCUGCCGUGCAUCGGUGAGAACCGCCUCAUGCAGGUGGUGGAGGAGCCGACUGGGAGAGGUGCACUGCUGGAUCUCAUCCUCGCUAGCAAGGAGGGUCUGGUCGAAGCAGGAAAGGUUGAGGGCUGCCUGGGCUGCAGUGACCACGAGAAGGUGGAGUUCAGCAUCUUGGGUGGCAGGAACAGAACAGCAAGUAGAAUUGCAACCCUGGACUUUAGCAGGGCUAACUUUGGCCUUUUCAAGCAAUUGCUGGGGGAAAUCCCACGGGCAAGACUGCUUGAAGGAAAAGGGGCCCGAGAUAGCUGGGUUGCAUUCAGAGAUUGCUUCUUCCACCUCAGGAUCAGAGCAUCCCCACACGAAGGGAGUCGAGGAAGGGAGCCAGGAGGCCUGCGUGGUUGAACAGGGACCUGUUGGGUAUGCUCAAGCAGAAGAGGAGAGUUUGCAGGUCAUGGAGGCAGGGGCUGGCCACUUGGGAGGAAUAUAGGGCUGCUGUUAGAGGAUGCAGGAAGGCAGCUAGGAUAGCCAAGGCCCCCUAGAAUUACAGCUGGCGAGAGGGGUCAAGGACAGCAAAAAGAGCUUUUUCAAAUACAUAGCAGAUAAAACUAACACCAGAGGCAAUGUAGGCCCACUGAUGAACGGGGUGGGUGCCCUGGUGGCAGAAGAUACAGAGGAGGCAGAAUUCCUGAAUGCCUUCUUUGUCUCUGUCUACUCUGCCGGAGGCCGUCCUGGGGAGCCCUGUACCCCUGAGACCCCGGAUGAAGCCAGGUCAGUGGAGGAGUUUGCUUUAGUCGAUGAGGACUGGGUUAGGGAGCAAUUAAAUAGUCUGGACAUCCAUAAAUCCACGGGUCCGGAUGGGAUGCACCCGCGGGUGCUGAGGGAGCCGGCUGAAGUCACUGCUGGACCGCUCUCCGUCAUCUUUGCCAAGUCUUGGGAAACGGGGGAGGUGCCCGAGGAUUGGAGGAAAGCAAAUGUCACUGCAGUCUUCAAAAAGGGCAAGAAGGAGGACCCGGGUAAUUACAGACCGGUCAGCCUCUCCUCUGUCCCUGGGAAAGUAAUGGAACAGCUUCGUCUGGACAACAGAGCAGUGAGGUGGGUUGCAAACUGGCUUAAGGAGAGAAGCCAGAGAGCGGUAGUCAAUGGUGCGGAGUCCAGCUGGAGGCCAGUAUCCAGUGCAGUGCCUCAGGGGGCAGCGCUGGGGCCAAUAUUAUUCAAUAUAUUCAUUAACGAUUUGGACGAGGGAAUAGAGUGCACUAUCGGCAAGUUUGCUGAUGACACCAAGCUGGGAGGGGUGGCUGACACGCCAGAAGGCUGUGCUGCCAUCAGAGACCUGGACAGGCUGGAGAGUUGGGCGGGGAAUAACCUGAUGAAAUUUGACAAGGGCAAGUGUAGAGUCCUGCACCUGGGCAGGAACAACCCCAGGUUCCAGUAUAGGUUGGGAAAUUACAUGUUAGAGAGCAGUGUAGGGGAAAGGGACCUGGGGGUCCUGGUGGACAGCAGGAUGACCAUGAGCCAGCCCUGUGCCCUUGUGGCCAGGAAGGCCAAUGGCAUCCUGGGGUGUAUUAGAAGGGGGGUGGUUAGUAGGUGGAGAGAGGUCCUCCUUCCCCUCUGCUCCGCCCUGGUGAGACCGCAUCUGGAAUAUUGUGUCCAGUUGUGGGCCCCUCAGUUCCAGAAGGACAGGGAACUGCUGGAGAGGGUCCAGCGUAGGGCAACCAAGAUGAUUAAGGGAGUGGAGCAUCUCCCGUGUGAGGAAAGGCUGAGGGAGCUGGGGCUCUUUAGUUUGGAGAAGAGGAGACUAAGGGGGGACCUUAUCAAUGUUUAUAAAUACAUAAAGGGUGAGUGCCAUGAGGAUGGAGCCAGGCUCUUCUCGGUGGCAAACAACGAUAGGACAAGGGGUAAUGGGAUCAAGCUGGAACACAAGAGGUUCCGCUUAAAUUUGAGAAGAAACUUCUUCUCAGUGAGGGUGGCAGAGCCUGGCCCAGGCUGCCCAGGGGGGUUGCGGAGCCUCCUUCUCUGGAGACAUUCAAAACCCGCCUGGACGUGCUCCUGUGCGACCUCACCUGGGCGUUCCUGCUCCACGGGGGGAUUGGACUGGAUGAUCUUUUGAGGUCCCUUCCCGUCCCAAACAUACUGUGAUACUGUGAAGAAUGCGGCUUAGCAGCGCUGCUGACUCUGCCGUCCCGUUCCCUUCCCCGUUUCAGCCGGCGAGGCGGCCGGAGGACCCGCUCUGUGCGGCCGCGGGGCCCGCGGAGUCGAGGGCUCUGUCGGCGCGCCCCGGGGGUUUCUCUGGAGAGACUCCUCGUCUCGGUCGCGUCGCGGCGGGGACGGACGAGGACCUCUGGCGAGGGGUCUUUCUGCGCUGGGAGCCGGGACCGGGCACGCGCUCGCGGGGCGUCCGUAAGUCGCGGUACGGAAUUUAGGCAGGAUAGCGCGCACGGGCUUGCGAGCGCCUUACAGGCGUGCGGUGGUUGCUCGUGCGGCCAGCUUUUGGUGUCGGUUGUUCCGGCGCUCCGUCGCGGUGUAGAGCCGGCCCCGUACGUAGCGGUGAGGCGUACCGCAGUUCGGUUUGAUUCUCGGAUAGGCCUCGGCUCUGACUGUGCACUCGAACGCCAAAACCUACAGCGGAAGCUGCGGUGGCUUUAGCGUGCAAGGGGCGCGAGCGCCGUGAAGCCGCCCGUGUGGCCGAGCGUCCCGAUCGCGGCGCUGAGCGUUAGACGGACUUGAGCCGCGUGCCGGAAUUGUUUUGUUUUGGAGAGGGCGGGAUAAACCUGGAGCACAACUUGUGAGGGCGGUACGUCGUGGGCAGGUUUUAGUAUUGCCUGUGGAGUGCCGCUAGAAGCGUUCGUAGUUCUUGCUUGUCUCUGUUACAAGAUGAGCCGUGUCGUCCUGCGUGACGCGUAACGGGAGGACGGCGCGGUAGCGGUGCUCUGCACAAGAGCCCGUUGGGCGGUAUUUUAGCUCGUGGGAAAGGGAUUGGGGAACCACCUGGUGGGAAUGCGAGGAGAGCAGCCCUGGCGGAAUCUGAGGAGCCGAGGCCGUUGUAUAAAUUGGACAAGGAAGGAAAGGCUGCGGGCACAGCGCGGUGCUGCACCCGGCCGCCCCAACGCGGAACUCUAAUGUGGAAUUCCUGUGUUUCAGAGGGGGAGCUGUGACCGCCCCGUGCUCAGCAGACCCCCCAGCCCGGGUGGGGGGAGCAGCGCCGGAGCGGGAGACGCGGCUCCGUCCUCCGUCCCCAGCGUGCCGGGGGGCGGCUGCCGGCCUGUGGGACGUGGCUGCGGCUGUUCGGGGCGCUGCCCCCCCAUGUUUGGGCGCUCUGGUAUGUACAUAGGUAAAUGGCGUUUUAAAGUAACGUGCUGCCCGCUGGGGCUGUUUUCCUUUUCUACCUUUUUUUUUUUUGAGUGAAUAAAUGGGGGGACUCGGGGGGUGACGAUGACGUUACUGGAGGAGCAGGCCAGUGAGAGAUGGGGGCAUUCAGCCCCAAAACGCCUGAACAGUCAUGGGUGGGGUGUUUAGUGGUGCUGUGGGGAGGAGAAAUUUCUCCCUGUCCGUUGCAGAGAAAACAGAACAAUCCCACAUCAAAGCUGUCCUAGAGAAGUACUUGCUGUUUGUCAUUGCGGUUCUAGAGCAGCCCGAUGUGCUGUUAAAGGUUGUGGUGGUGCGGGUCAGGGAUCCCCAGGCUGUGCCGAGACCGCAGGACGGCUGCUGGUGGAACAAAGUCAAGGACAGCUUCUCAGAGUAAGAACCUCUCUAUUUGUUCUCCUCGGGACACAUCCCUUUGCCUCUGGACCCCUCACAAGCUCACUCGCCACCUUGUUCCCUCAGAAACCCGUUUCCUCCCAGUUCCUCUGCGAUUACCCUGCCUGCCUUUGGGUCCCUGCAGGCUCGUUGGUGGCAUCACGGUGCCUGUUUGACCUUUUGCCCCGUUAAAUUCCACUCUUUUCUCUCUUCCCCUCAAAACUUCCCCGGUUGCUCUUGUCACAUCCCAGAGGCCUCAUUUUCCCCUCUUGUCUCCUCUCAGGACCCCCCAUCUGUUGGCCCCUGUCGAGGGUUUAGAUUGCGGGGUGACAGUAAAACCCUGGCAGAUGUAUUGUUAACCCCGUCUCCCCCCCACUUCCCCCUUUUGCCCCUCCCUCUCCCCCCUUCCCACUCAGGACAGGCGAUCCGGAGGGAAAGAAGGACAGAGAGAAGAGAGUUGGAAAAACUGGCAAUGUUUUACUAAUGCUAUAUUAAGAGUAGAGAAAAUAAUACAAAACCAAUCCUGAAAGUCUCAGCAACUGCAGAGCCGGCACCUGAAGUCCUGGACUGGACUCUGCAGCCAACCGGAGCUGGAUUCAGUCUCUCAGCAGGCCUCAGUUUGCAGGGACGACUAGCAAGGUCCUCUCCUAAUGUCACCAUAAGCAGAAGGGACGAAAAGGGGCAAAGAGGACAAGAUCCUCAUGAUCUGCCACUUCUAUAUGAAGUAUUCAUGUGAAGGGGAUGUUAUACACGGUUGGUCAGUUUGUUGGUCACCUGUUUCUUGUUGCUCCUCUUGCAAGAUGUGAAUCUGUCCUUAUCAACAAGUAAGCAUUCCAUUGCAAUGUUUAUCAAAACAUGUAUGUGUCUGGUUCUCCAGGAAAAGGCAGCUAAUAUGAAGCUUUAGCUGACAGGCAAAUUCAUGCUGUCUGCCUAUCAGAUUGCCGGAGGGGCGGGCGUCGAGGGCUGGGUACUGCGUGCCGCCCGCAGCCAAUGAUGGUGCGGAAGAGGCGGGCGUUGCGGUGUCCCUACUGCGCAUGCCCCAGUCGCGAGCGCUGAUAGGCGGAGAGGGAGAUGAUUGACGUGUCCCGGGGAGCGAACCGGGAUGCGGCAAGGGGCGGGUGCUGCAGUCUCCCUAGUGCGCAUGCCCAAACCGCGAGCGCUGAUAGGUCCGCGGUGUCUCGGGGCCGGGGCCGGGGGGGGAGACCGGGAGCGAACGGGAACGGGGGUCGGGGCGGCUGCGGAGCGCUCGCUGCGGCCGGCGCCCGGGCAUCGGGAGGCGGGCGGCUCAGGGCCGCCCUUCGUGAGGUUUCCCGGAGGCGGCAGAAGGGCGGAGGGGAAGGAGGGGACAGCCGGGGACCUCCCGCCGCGCGCGUGUCCGGGGCGCGGCGGCUGUCGGUGCCCGCGGAGCCCGGCGGGACGGCGGGGGAGCGCGAGGGGCACGGAGCGGCGAAAGAGGCGGCAGGUGAGUGCGGCAGCGGCGAGGGUGACCGUGCCGUUGGAACGGGGGGAGCGGGAGGGGGCGGCGCGGCGCGGCGCGGAGGCGUUCGGUUCCGGUUCCCCCCCCCGCCCCCCCCGUCCUUACGGCCGCUCUGGCGAAGCUGCUGGGAGGCGUGCGGUCCGGAGCCGCGUCUCCCUCCGGCGCAGCGCCCGUGCCCGGUGCGGCAGCCCCUCCGGGAGCGGCGCAGCCCCCGUCGGUCGCGGGGACGGUUACAAGCAGAGCUAAGGCGCGGUUGCGGGCGGGCUGGGUGGCGUGGCGAGCGGGGCGCCGCUCCGGCGGGAGCUCGGGGCGAGCCCCGGCGGGUUCCGUGUCCUGCGGGCGCGGCUUUCGCGCCGCGGCUCUCUCUGUGCGCUUUUUUGUUUGGUCGCGUUUGUUUUUUGGGGUUUUUUUGGCGGGAUUCCCGCGAAACGCGGCACGAGCGCUCGCCCGGGGCUGCCGCGGCAGGUCUCAGUGGCGCCGUCCUGUGGGCAAAGCGCGGUACUGCACCCGGCCGCCCCAACGCGGUGCCGCGGCGCGCCUCGGUGCUGCCGCCCUGUGGCGAAACUCGGGUACUGCAGCGCACGGCAAGGGGGGGGGGCAGAGACGCCGAUCGAGCCGCGGGGGUUCGCGGUCGGGUCUGUGCGUGCCGGUGUCCGUCCCCCCCCGACGGGGGUCAGGUCCCCAUUGGUGUGCAAACGACAUCCCUCCCUCGGGGCCUCCUUAAACGUUUAAUGACGUAAAUAUUGCUCCUGCUAACGUUGUCGGCGCGGCUUCUUUCCUCAGGGGAUCCGUCCGGCAGUCGGUGGCCCGCGGUUGCUCGGCAACAGCAGAAGCGGAUUGAAGGGACCGGCCGCUGGAGGAUGCCGAAGCCUCCCGGGUCAGCGGUGGGAGCAGCUUUGCGUGAAGCGAGGGGUACGUGAAGCCGGGCGUGCGGUGCCGACCGCCCAGCAGGUAAGGGAAGCUAAAGCUUUACCUCCAGGGACUUCUGCCCAGAAAGCUGAAGCAAUUGCUCUCGCGUGAGCUGUAGAGUUACGCAAAGAGAAGAAGAUUAGUAGCUGCACUGAUUCUAAGCAGGUUUCUUGAAGGGUGCGGGCCCUUGAAGCCGUUUGAAAAGAAUAAAGUGUAUUAACGGCACAAGGGAGGCAGAUUAAACGUGAUGCUCCGGUUGCUGGAAGCUGUGCUGUUGCUAGGAGAGUUGCCGUCACGCGUUGCAACGGGCCUCAGAAGGGAAACGCUGCUCAGGAAACUGGCCAUAAAUUGGCAGGCGCCGCUGUCAAACCAGCCACCGAGAGGACAGAGACCGGUACGGAAGCUGCGUCUCUGAGCCCAGGUGGCCGUGUCCUCCAGCCAACGUCAGGGAACUGUAACAAAGAGGAUAAGCAAUUAAUAGGAGAUUAAUAGCCCGAUCAGAAUUAGGGUCCAAAGGAGCCGUCACCGGCGACGGGAGAGCAGCGGCGCCUCGCGGCGCGAGGAGCUGAAGCGCUCUGUCGAGAUCGGACGAACAGGUAAGAGCGAAUUUAGAAGCUCUGUGCGAACGAGGCAAUGGGAAACGUGCCUAGAAAACCGUCUUGAUAGUGCACACGGGGUACAGACAAGAGCAGCCGGACGAGGGAAACGUACCAGGACGACACUGGCAAAGGGAGUUCUCCGAGCUGCCUGGAAAAGGGGGGUGUCGAUACCGGCCGGCACGAACGGCUCCCUUCUCGGGUCGGCCGGAAGCGUUGCCGGGCCGGGGGGCGGCUGCCGGCCUGCGGGCCGGGGCUGCGGCUGUUUGGGGCGCCGCCCCCGCUUUGUUUUCCUCGGGGAGCCCCCCCACGCUCGGGGGCUUGUGGGACGUGCACGUGCGAAUGACACGGUGUUCCCAGCUGCUCUGUUCUCUGCCUUGUUUUUUCAGACGCCUGUCCCUGUUUUCUCUUCCCGCUUUUGAAGAGAAGCUGCCGAGUCAGCGUACGCUGCGGUGAAGUUCUACAAGAUGCAGCCCUCAGGAACCGGUUGCUGUGGGGUUGCUCGUGCGGCCAGCUUUUGGUGUCGGUUGUUCCGGCGCUCCGUCGCGGUGUAGAGCCGGCCCCGUACGUAGCGGUGAGGCGUACCGCAGUUCGGUUUGAUUCUCGGAUAGGCCUCGGCUCUGACUGUGCACUCGAACGCCAAAACCUACAGCGGAAGCUGCGGUGGCUUUAGCGUGCAAGGGGCGCGAGCGCCGUGAAGCCGCCCGUGUGGCCGAGCGUCCCGAUCGCGGCGCUGAGCGUUAGGCGGACUUGAGCCGCGUGCCGGAAUUGUUUUGUUUUGGAGAGGGCGGGAUAAACCUGGAGCACAACUUGUGAGGGCGGUACGUCGUGGGCAGGUUUUAGUAUUGCCUGUGGAGUGCCGCUAGAAGCGUUCGUAGUUCUUGCUUGUCUCUGUUACAAGAUGAGCCGUGUCGUCCUGCGUGACGCGUAACGGGAGGACGGCGCGGUAGCGGUGCUCUGCAAAAGAGCCCGUUGGGGGGUAUUUUAGCUCGCGGGAAAGGGAUUGGGGAACCACCUGGUGGGAAUGCGAGGAGAGCAGCCCUGGCGGAAUCUGAGGAGCCGAGGCCGUUGUAUAAAUUGGACAAGGAAGGAAAGGCUGCGGGCAAAGCGCGGUGCUGCACCCGGCCGCCCCAGUGCGGUGCCGCGGCGCGCCUCGGUGCUGCCGCCCUGUGGCGAAACCCCGGUACUGCAGCGCACGGCAAGGGGGGGGGGCAGAUGCCGCGAUUGAGAGACGGGGACGCAACUUGAUGCAAGCAAAGUGUCCACUUUAUUGCUCUUCACACAAUUCUUUUAUACUGUUACAUGCAUAACAACUACUAUCGUGGAUUAUGCUGAUUGGCACAACAAUUAAUUAUCUCAUACAUAUUACAAAGGCUGAGCUCAUGAUAGGUUAGUAAGAGCAUGCAAAUCUGUCCUAGCUCCUUGUUACUAUCGUGUCCUGUGUGCUGGGCAAGCUUUACAGGCUGCUUUCUCACAGCCACAAGGUCCUGUUGCUAAACAGGACAUUCCCAUCUAUCAUCACAAGUUUCUGCUCUUUGUGCUUACAUCUGCAUGUUGUAACUUUUCACGGCCCUUAGUAAUUUUCCAUGCUAACACAACAGGUCGAGUAGCUAGAACUAGCAUAUUAACUAUAGAUAUAUAUUUUUGCUAAUAUCCUAUAAGCCUAGAUAACCCACAGGCAGAGACGCCGAUCGAGCCGCGGGGGUUCGCGGUCGGGUCUGUGCGGGCCGGUGUCCGUCCCCCCCGACGGGGGUCAGGUCCCCAUUGGUGUGCAAACGACACCCCUCCCUCGAUGGCUCCUUAGGAGGGUUAAUCCCAGUCCUCGUUCUUUUGGCAGCGGCGGGUCUGUGACCUCGCGGGAAGCCCAGGCUGCUGCACAGAGCUCGUCGGGAGCGGGAGCCGCGGAGGCGGGGGGCCUCGACGAGCCAGAGCUGCGUCAGACGGAGGGGGGCGCGCGCGCUGCCCGGGGGCCGCGUCCGGCGGAGCCGAAGUGACCUGCGGCGGCAACGAGCGGGAGCCGCUCGGAGCUGGAGCGGCCGUUGGCCGCGCCUUCCCUGGGGAGGUGAGCGCGGGGAGCCCGGCCUCUCUCUCCCUCGGGGAUUAAACGCGCGCCCUUCCCGGGGGCGGCGGCGAGGCGGGUUCCCCCGGCUCUCCCGGGGCGGCCCCGCUGCCGGGGGGCGCGGGCGAGGCGGCGGCAGCGCCUCCUCGGUGCCGGGGGGCGGAGGGGAGAGAGACCUGCCGGCCGGAGCCGCGGGGCGCGCGGCCCCUCGGGCAGGGCGCUCCCGGUCUCUGGGCCGCAGGCCGGGGGCGGCAGACGGGUUCGGGUGCUCUGGCGUGCUUUUUAGCCAGCGUGGCCUUCUCCGCGCCGUGAAGAAAAUCCCGCGCGGUCGAUUCCGCUCGCCGCUCGGGAGAUGCCGCGUCUCUGGGGCCGUGGACUGGGGAAGAACGUUUGCGAGUUGGAGGGCGCUACAAGAUAUUCCGCGGGGAAGCCGGAGAAGAGGCAAAUUGGCUGUCAGCGGAGUUGCGUUCCUUCGGUUUAGGACGUUCAGCUUGUCCUUCCAGAGAAGGAGCAGUCGUGGGUAGGGCCGAGAGAGGCUUUUAGGCGCGUGAUCGGAAUUGGAGCCAAAUGGCACUCGACGUUGCCGCCGUGGGUCUUGGCUUUCAGUGGUUUCCCCGCGGCUGCCUGGUGUUUGGGAGCUCGGAGCGGGCAUUUUUUUUCCCCCAAGGAGAGGCUGUGCUUGAAACAGAACUUGCUUGAAGAAGACAGACGAGGCGGGUGAGGAUGCAGAGCGGGCCAAUCAGAUCGCUCGGGAGGGCUGGAGGGGCGGAGCGCCGAUAGGCGGGGAGCAUGGCAAUUGAUGUGCGUAGGCAGCCAAUGAGGUUGCCGGGGGGGCGGGCGUUGCGGUGUCCGUACUGCGCAUGCCCAACUUGCGCAGUCCUCAGUCAGGUCUGACGCUGAGGCGGGCACCUGGGGGCGGAGCGCGGGAAGGAGCAUCCAAUAGGAGGACGGCGCGGCGGGGUGGAAAGCAGCCAAUCAGAGCGCGCCGUCUCAAUCCCGUUUGAACAGCUGCCUCCCUGGCAAACGCGUCCGUGGGGUCCCGGGGCGGGUAGCGGGAGUUAACGGGGAAACGGGGGUCGGGGCGAGGGAGGGGAGGCUGUGGAGCGCUCAUUUUGGCCUCUCCGUCCCUUUUGCCUCUCUCUCCCUCUCUCUGUGUCUCCUUGUCUUGCUCCCUGUCCCUGUCUUUCUCUGGUAAGCUGACCUGCUCUUUGCCCUUCUUUUUUUGUGGAAUCACAGGCUCCUUCUGCUUGGAAAAGACACGUGCAGUUUUAAAUUUGGGUUUGAACUCUAGGGUUUUUUUUCCCCCAUUAGCGUAAGUGGACGGCACGUUGUCCUGUGGCUCAAUCCCCGUUCUGUUCCGUGGAGCCUUCAGUUUAGGAUGUUCAGGUAAGACAGUUUGUCCUUCCAGAGAAGGAGCAGUCACCGGUAGGACCGAGAGAGGCUUUUAAGCGCGUGAUCGGAACUGAAGCCAAAUGGCACUUGACGUUGCCGCUGUGGGUCUUGGCUUUCACUGGUUUCCCCGCGGCUCCCUGGUGUUGGGGAGCUCGGAGCGGGCACGUUUUUUUCCCCGAGGGGAGGCUGUGCUUAAAAAAGAACGUGUUUCCUCAGAGAAGUGCAAGUCCGCGUGCGUAAGACAGACAAAAACCCCAGCCAGCCUAGUCAAGUUCUGAGCGUGCGUCUGUCAGGCGGCUGCUUUACGUUGAGGAGCGCACGGCCGUGCAAUGGUAAGGGCGAAGGGCAAGGCAAGACAGAAGGGUUUUUCCUGCUGCGGGUGACCAGCCGCCCCCCUUUUCCGCGUGAAGCAGAGGAGCGCGGUUCGUUGUCGCCUUUUAAACGCGGCGGCGGCGGCGGCAAGCCGCGCGGCCGGAGGGCGCGGGGUGGGGGGGGGGGGGUCCCGGCAGGGCGGCGACCCGGCGGGUGAGGAUGCAGAGCGGGCCAAUCAGAUGGCGCGGGAGGGCUGGAGGGCUGGAGGAGCGGAGCGCUGGUUGGCUGCCUAGGCACGUCAGUUGCCUUUCUGUCUGCCAAUCAGAUUGCCGGGGGGGCGGGCGUCGAGGGCUGGGUACUGCGCAUGCCCCAAAGAGCGAGCGCUGAUAGGCGGAGAGAUGCUGAUUGGCGUGCCGCCCGCAGCCAAUGAUGUUGCCGAAGGGGCGGGCGUUGCGGCGUCCCUAGUGCGCAUGCCCCAGCCGCGAUCGCUGAUAGGCGGCGAGAGAAGUGAUUGACGUGUCCCGGGGAGCCAACCGGGAUGCGGCAAGGGGCGGGAGCUGCGGUCUCCCUACUGCGCAUGCCCCAGCCGCGAUCGCUGAUAGGCGGCAAGAGGGCUGAUUGACGUGUCCCGGGGAGCCAACCGGGAUGCGGCAAGGGGCGGGUGCUGCGGUCUCCCUACUGCGCAUGCCCAAACCGCCAGCGCUGAUAGGUCCGCGGUGUCUCGGUGCCGCGCCGUGGGGGGAGACCGGGAGCGAACGGGAACGGGGGUCGGGGCGGCUGCGGAGCGCUCGCUGCGGCCGGCGCCCGGGCAUCGGGAGGCGGGCGGCUCAGGGCCGCCCUUCGUGAGGUUUCCCGGAGGCGGCAGAAGGGCGGAGGGGAAGGAGGGGACAGCCGGGGACCUCCCGCCGCGCGCGUGUCCGGGGCGCGGCGGCUGUCGGUGCCCGCGGAGCCCGGCGGGACGGCGGGGGAGCGCGAGGGGCACGGAGCGGCGAAAGAGGCGGCAGGUGAGUGCGGCAGCGGCGAGGGUGACCGUGCCGUUGGAACGGGGGGAGCGGGAGGGGGCGGCGCGGCGCGGCGCGGAGGCGUUCGGUUCCGGUUCCCCCCCCCCGCCCCCCCCGCCCCCCCCCGCCCUUACGGCCGCGCUGGCGAAGCUGCUGGGAGGCGUGCGGUCCGGAGCCGCGUCUCCCUCCGGCGCAGCGCCCGUGCCCGGUGCGGCAGCCCCUCCGGGAGCGGCGCAGCCCCCGUCGGUCGCGGGGACGGUUACAAGCAGAGCUAAGGCGCGGUUGCGGGCGGGCUGGGUGGCGUGGCGAGCGGGGCGCCGCUCCGGCGGGAGCUCGGGGCGAGCCCCGGCGGGUUCCGUGUCCUGCGGGCGCGGCUUUCGCGCCGCGGCUCUCUCUGUGCGCUUUUUUGUUUGGUCGCGUUUGUUUUUUGGGUUUUUUUUGGCGGGAUUCCCGCGAAACGCGGCACGAGCGCUCGCCCGGGGCUGCCGCGGCAGGUCUCAGUGGCGCCGUCCUGUGGGCAAAGCGCGGUACUGCACCCGGCCGCCCCAACGCGGUGCCGCGGCGCGCCUCGGUGCUGCCGCCCUGUGGCGAAACUCGGGUACUGCAGCGCACGGCAAGGUGGGGGGGCAGAGACGCCGAUCGAGCCGCGGGGGUUCGCGGUCGGGUCUGUGCGUGCCGGUGUCCGUCCCCCCCCGACGGGGGUCAGGUCCCCAUUGGUGUGCAAACGACAUCCCUCCCUCGGGGCCUCCUUAAACGUUUAAUGACGUAAAUAUUGCUCCUGCUAACGUUGUCGGCGCGGCUUCUUUCCUCAGGGGAUCCGUCCGGCAGUCGGUGGCCCACGGUUGCUCGGCAACAGCAGAAGCGGAUUGAAGGGACCGGCCGCUGGAGGAUGCCGAAGCCUCCCGGGUCAGCGGUGGGAGCAGCUUUGCGUGAAGCGAGGGGUACGUGAAGCCGGGCGUGCGGUGCCGACCGCCCAGCAGGUAAGGGAAGCUAAAGCUUUACCUCCAGGGACUUCUGCCCAGAAAGCUGAAGCAAUUGCUCUCGCGUGAGCUGUAGAGUUACGCAAAGAGAAGAAGAUUAGUAGCUGCACUGAUUCUAAGCAGGUUUCUUGAAGGGUGCGGGCCCUUGAAGCCGUUUGAAAAGAAUAAAGUGUAUUAACGGCACAAGGGAGGCAGAUUAAACGUGAUGCUCCGGUUGCUGGAAGCUGUGCUGUUGCUAGGAGAGUUGCCGUCACGCGUUGCAACGGGCCUCAGAAGGGAAACGCUGCUCAGGAAACUGGCCAUAAAUUGGCAGGCGCCGCUGUAAAACCAGCCACCGAGAGGACCGAGACCGGUACGGAAGCCGCGUCUCUGAGCCCAGGUGGCCGUGUCCUCCAGCCAACGUCAGGGAACUGUAACAAAGAGGAUAAGCAAUUAAUAGGAGAUUUAUAGCCCGAUCAGAAUUAGGGUCCAAAGGAGCCGUCACGGGCGACGGGAGAGCAGCGGCGCCUCGCGGCGCAAGGAGCUGACGCGCUCUGUCGAGAUCGGACGAACAGGUAAGAGCGAAUUUAGAAGCCCUGUGCGAACGAGGCAAUGGGAAACGUGCCUAGAAAACCAUCUUGAUGGUGCACGCGGGGUACAGACAAGAGCAGCCGGACGAGGGAAACGUACCAGGACGACGCUGGCAAAGGGAGUUCUCCGAGCUGCCUGGAAAAGGGGGGUGUCGAUACCGGCCGGCACGAACAGCUCCCUUCUCGGGUCGGCCGGAAGCGUUGCCGUGCCGGGGGGCGGCUGCCGGCCUGCGGGCCGGGGCUGCGGCUGUUUGGGGCGCUGCCCCCGCUUUGUUUUCCUCGGGGAGCCCCCCCACGUUCGGGGGCUUGUGGGACGUGCACGUGCGAAUGACACGGUGUUCCCAGCUGCUCUGUUCUCUGCCUUGUUUUUCCAGACGCCUGUCCCUGUUUUCUCUUCCCGCUUUUGAAGAGAAGCUGCCGAGUCAGCGUACGCUGCGGUGAAGUUCUACAAGAUGCAGCCCUCAGGAACCGGUUGACGUGAGGGAAAUGCUUUCUGACCGCCUGCACGGUGAGGGGACGUUUUUCACCUUUUAGCUCCUUCUGCACGACAAGAGGGAGACGGAAGGUUAAGUAACACGUUGUUUAGGAGCUGAGAGCUUAGUUUGUAUUUAACUAAUAAUUAAGAGACGUGUUGUCAGCGAGAAACUAAACGAUUACAACUAACCUCAUCAAAUGAAGUAAAGACAGGCCAGCCAGGCGUGGUGGUGGAGUUGCUCUCUAUGUGAGAGAGCAGCUACAGUGUACUAAAUUCUGCCCAGGAGCGGAUGAGGAGCGAGUUGAGAGUGUAUGGGUCAGGAUCAAGGGGCAGUCUGUCAGGGGUGACACUGCUGUGGGCGUCUGUUGCAGGCCACCAGAUCAGGCUGAGGAAGCUGAUGAGGCCUUCUAUGGGCAGCUGAGAGCGGCCUCACGGUCACAGGCCCUGUUGUUGUGGGGGAUUUUAAGUUCCCUGGUGUUUGCUGGAAGGACCGUUCAGCCAGCCAGCCACAGUCCAGGAGGUUCCUGCCGUGCAUCGGUGAGAACCGCCUCAUGCAGGUGGUGGAGGAGCCGACUGGGAGAGGUGCACUGCUGGAUCUCAUCCUCGCUAGCAAGGAGGGUCUGGUCGAAGCAGGAAAGGUUGAGGGCUGCCUGGGCUGCAGUGACCACGAGAAGGUGGAGUUCAGCAUCUUGGGUGGCAGGAACAGAACAGCAAGUAGAAUUGCAACCCUGGACUUUAGCAGGGCCAACUUUGGCCUUUUCAAGCAAUUGCUGGGGGAAAUCCCACGGGCAAGACUGCUUGAAGGAAAAGGGGCCCGAGAUAGCUGGGUUGCAUUCAGAGAUUGCUUCUUCCACGCUCAGGAUCAGAGCAUCCCCACACGAAGGGAGUCGAGGAAGGGAGCCAGGAGGCCUGCGUGGUUGAACAGGGACCUGUUGGGUAUGCUCAAGCAGAAGAGGAGAGUUUGCAGGUCAUGGAGGCAGGGGCUGGUCACUUGGGAGGAAUAUAGGGCUGCUGUUAGAGGAUGCAGGAAGGCAGCUAGGAUAGCCAAGGCCCCCUAGAAUUACAGCUGGCGAGAGGGGUCAAGGACAGCAAAAAGAGCUUUUUCAAAUACAUAGCAGAUAAAACUAACACCAGAGGCAAUGUAGGCCCACUGAUGAACGGGGUGGGUGCCCUGGUGGCAGAAGAUACAGAGGAGGCAGAAUUCCUGAAUGCCUUCUUUGUCUCUGUCUACUCUGCCGGAGGCCGUCCUGGGGAGCCCUGUACCCCUGAGACCCCGGAUGAAGCCAGGUCAGUGGAGGAGUUUGCUUUAGUCGAUGAGGACUGGGUUAGGGAGCAAUUAAAUAGUCUGGACAUCCAUAAAUCCACGGGUCCGGAUGGGAUGCACCCGCGGGUGCUGAGGGAGCCGGCUGAAGUCACUGCUGGACCGCUCUCCGUCAUCUUUGCCAAGUCUUGGGAAACGGGGGAGGUGCCCGAGGAUUGGAGGAAAGCAAAUGUCACUGCAGUCUUCAAAAAGGGCAAGAAGGAGGACCCGGGUAAUUACAGACCGGUCAGCCUCACCUCUGUCCCUGGGAAAGUAAUGGAACAGCUUCGUCUGGACAACAGAGCAGUGAGGUGGGUUGCAAACUGGCUUAAGGAGAGAAGCCAGAGAGCGGUAGUCAAUGGUGCGGAGUCCAGCUGGAGGCCAGUAUCCAGUGCAGUGCCUCAGGGGUCAGCGCUGGGGCCAAUAUUAUUCAAUAUAUUCAUUAACGAUUUGGACGAGGGAAUAGAGUGCACUAUCGGCAAGUUUGCUGAUGACACCAAGCUGGGAGGGGUGGCUGACACGCCAGAAGGCUGUGCUGCCAUCAGAGACCUGGACAGGCUGGAGAGUUGGGCGGGGAAUAACCUGAUGAAAUUUGACAAGGGCAAGUGUAGAGUCCUGCACCUGGGCAGGAACAACCCCAGGUUCCAGUAUAGGUUGGGAAAUUACAUGUUAGAGAGCAGUGUAGGGGAAAGGGACCUGGGGGUCCUGGUGGACAGCAGGGUGACCAUGAGCCAGCCCUGUGCCCUUGUGGCCAGGAAGGCCAAUGGCAUCCUGGGGUGUAUUAGAAGGGGGGUGGUUAGUAGGUGGAGAGAGGUCCUCCUUCCCCUCUGCUCCGCCCUGGUGAGACCGCAUCUGGAAUAUUGUGUCCAGUUGUGGGCCCCUCAGUUCCAGAAGGACAGGGAACUGCUGGAGAGGGUCCAGCGUAGGGCAACCAAGAUGAUUAAGGGAGUGGAGCAUCUCCCGUGUGAGGAAAGGCUGAGGGAGCUGGGGCUCUUUAGUUUGGAGAAGAGGAGACUAAGGGGGGACCUUAUCAAUGUUUAUAAAUACAUAAAGGGUGAGUGCCAUGAGGAUGGAGCCAGGCUCUUCUCGGUGGCAAACAACGAUAGGACAAGGGGUAAUGGGAUCAAGCUGGAACACAAGAGGUUCCACUUAAACUUGAGCAGAAACUUCCUCUCAGUGAGGGUGGCAGAGCCUGGCCCAGGCUGCCCAGGGGGGUUGCGGAGCCUCCUUCUCUGGAGACAUUCAAAACCCGCCUGGACGUGCUCCUGUGCGACCUCACCUGGGCGUUCCUGCUCCACGGGGGGAUUGGACUGGAUGAUCUUUUGAGGUCCCUUCCCGUCCCAAACAUACUGUGAUACUGUGAAGAAUGCGGCUUAGCAGCGCUGCUGACUCUGCCGUCCCGUUCCCUUCCCCGUUUCAGCCGGCGAGGCGGCCGGAGGACCCGCUCUGUGCGGCCGCGGGGCCCGCGGAGUCGAGGGCUCUGUCGGCGCGCCCCGGGGGUUUCUCUGGAGAGACUCCUCGUCUCGGUCGCGUCGCGGCGGGGACGGACGAGGACCUCUGGCGAGGGGUCUUUCUGCGCUGGGAGCCGGGACCGGGCACGCGCUCGCGGGGCGUCCGUAAGUCGCGGUACGGAAUUUAGGCAGGAUCGCGCGCACGGGCUUGCGAGCGCCUUACAGGCGUGCGGUGGUUGCUCGUGCGGCCAGCUUUUGGUGUCGGUUGUUCCGGCGCUCCGUCGCGGUGUAGAGCCGGCCCCGUACGUAGCGGUGAGGCGUACCGCAGUUCGGUUUGAUUCUCGGAUAGGCCUCGGCUCUGACUGUGCACUCGAACGCCAAAACCUACAGCGGAAGCUGCGGUGGCUUUAGCGUGCAAGGGGCGCGAGCGCCGUGAAGCCGCCCGUGUGGCCGAGCGUCCCGAUCGCGGCGCUGAGCGUUAGACGGACUUGAGCCGCGUGCCGGAAUUGUUUUGUUUUGGAGAGGGCGGGAUAAACUUGGAGCACAACUUGUGAGGGCGGUACGUCGUGGGCAGGUUUUAGUAUUGCCUGUGGAGUGCCGCUAGAAGCGUUCGUAGUUCUUGCUUGUCUCUGUUACAAGAUGAGCCGUGUCGUCCUGCGUGACGCGUAACGGGAGGACGGCGCGGUAGCGGUGCUCUGCACAAGAGCCCGUUGGGCGGUAUUUUAGCUCGCGGGAAAGGGAUUGGGGAACCACCUGGUGGGAAUGCGAGGAGAGCAGCCCUGGCGGAAUCUGAGGAGCCGAGGCCGUUGUAUAAAUUGGACAAGGAAGGAAAGGCUGCGGGCACAGCGCGGUGCUGCACCCGGCCGCCCCAACGCGGAACUCUAAUGUGGAAUUCCUGUGUUUCAGAGGGGGAGCUGUGACCGCCCCGUGCUCAGCAGACCCCCCAGCCCGGGUGGGGGGAGCAGCGCCGGAGCGGGAGACGCGGCUCCGUCCUCCGUCCCCAGCGUGCCGGGGGGCGGCUGCCGGCCUGUGGGACGUGGCUGCGGCUGUUCGGGGCGCUGCCCCCCCAUGUUUGGGCGCUCUGGUAUGUACAUAGGUAAAUGGCGUUUUAAAGUAACGUGCUGCCCGCUGGGGCUGUUUUCCUUUUCUACCUUUUUUUUUUUGAGUGAAUAAAUGGGGGGACUCGGGGGGUGACGAUGACGUUACUGGAGGAGCAGGCCAGUGAGAGAUGGGGGCAUUCAGCCCCAAAACGCCUGAACAGUCAUGGGUGGGGUGUUUAGUGGUGCUGUGGGGAGGAGAAAUUUCUCCCUGUCCGUUGCAGAGAAAACAGAACAAUCCCACAUCAAAGCUGUCCUAGAGAAGUACUUGCUGUUUGUCAUUGCGGUUCUAGAGCAGCCCGAUGUGCUGUUAAAGGUUGUGGUGGUGCGGGUCAGGGAUCCCCAGGCUGUGCCGAGACCGCAGGACGGCUGCUGGUGGAACAAAGUCAAGGACAGCUUCUCAGAUGUUUUAGAGACGGAUUCUUGCAGGAUCUAUUUCUGGUUCGUCCUUCACUCCUCCCCAGACCGCAGCGCUGGUCCGAGUUCCCCAGCACACGUGUGUGUGUCCAGCCGGGUACGCUGGGGGAGCGCGUCAGGGCGGGCAGACGGCUGAAUGGACGCGCUGUCAGCGACUGCGGAACGAGCUGGGGCUGCUUUGACCGUGUCCAGCCUUGUGCGUGUGGUUUGUUUUCACUUGCAGGCUGAAACAGCAGUUUCCUUAAUUAAAAACACCCCAACAUGUGCCCCGGCCCCCAACAAAAAUAACGCCAAAAAUGCCACUGAAAGAAACACAGGGAGUUUUUAAAAAAUUUCCUUUAGCUUUCUCCCCCCUCCACCCCUACCCUGCUGCGUUCAGUGCAGUGAAUGACCGUGAGGAGAUGGCUGUGGGUCUGGCUGUUGAAGGGUGUGUGAAGGAGAAGGAGGUGUGUGUAGAGCAGGAUUGGUGGUGGAGGUGAGUGCAGCUGGUUCGGGUGUGGGGCUGUAAAUUCUUUUUGGAGGCUUCCUAGUUUCUGGUGUCACCUGCGGGGUGAAGUGUGACUCUGUGCAGGUUUGAAAGGUGCCACGUGCAGAGCUCCCUCAUUUGCCACCAGCUCUCCCAAUCACAGAGACAGCGUCGCUGUGCAGCUGCUAAGGACAGCGCGUCUCGUGCAGAAGAGCAUCCUUUGUGCUCCGUGUGCGUGUUCCUCCUUUGAAAUGAAGUUGGGCCGCCCGGUGUUCCACGUUACGUGUGGUACCUGCUGGGCUGAGUCUCCUCCCCGCGCUCCGGUCGGUUCCGUCGCGCUGCCGCAGCCCCGGCAGCACCGCGGCGUUCGCUGGACGCGUUGUUGGCGGAGCCGGCACCGACAAUCUUGACACGUCGAGGCGCUGCGGUGGGUUUGCCUGGAAAUUCCAAGGUAAUUCCAAGGCAGACAGUAAUAAUCCCCAAUUUAUGUAGUAAAAUUUAAAAGAGUGGACUAUAAAUGCUGGAGCACUAAUUGGAAGUAAUACCUGUAGAGAAAAAAACCUCUAGUUUAUAUCUACAAUAAAAAAUAAUGUGUGCUAGUAAAUCCGCCUGGUAGUAAUGUAAUGAUAAAAAUGUUAAAGUGUAAAUAGAUGAAAUUAUAUAGGCAUGAGCAAGAAGUAAAUUUAAUUUCAGCUAUUACUCGGUGAACUAGGCAGCAGUUGUUCCCAAUCUGAAUGCUAGUUUAAAAAACACAUUGUUUGGAAUUCCUUUUAAAUGAUAAAGGCAGAAAACUAAUGUGGAGUCAUUGGUAGCUUCAUUUGAACAACCGUUAUGAAAUAAACCGCAGACACGAAUGACUGCAUAGGAAACAAAGUGAGGAAGCUUUAGAUUUUAAACAGCAUUGGAAAGUGAUCGGGAGUGUUUAGUAUUUAAAUUAUAACAGAGCCACGAGAUGGGAGGCAACAAAGCUCAGAACCAAACAGAGUCAAAACGUUACAUUUCUUUUUUUAAAGAGAAGUAUAAAGGAACCACGAAGUAGUGGCUGUUUAUAAACAGAGGUAUUAAAAAGUUCCCAGGCAGUAAUGAUUCCCAACAGAACACUAAAAGAUAUUUAGAUGUAAAAUAAUAUUAGAAAACCGUUAUGACAGUCUGAAUUUAACCACAGCUUUUUUGGGGUUGUGCAAAAACAUGACCGCUAUUAAUUACCUCUGAGUUAAAAUAAAAAGACAUCAAACUAGAUGUGAUUAACAACAGCUAAUUUUAAUUUUUCAGUGUGCUAUCCAGUCCGGCUUCUCCCUCCAAGGGCGUGGUCUGAGAAAGCCACACCCCCAACUCCCCCCCCGUCCAAGCUCCGCCCCUGCCAGUCUGUGCCCUCCCCGAGGCGCGUGUCCCUUACAGACCCCUCCCAGCAGCAUAAUGCAUCGAAGCCCCGCCCGCGGCUCCACCCCUAAACUCAGCCCCUGCUAAACCACGCCCCCUCAGAGCACGUGCUGUACUGAGCCCACCCUACUCUCGGCUCCACCCCUCCCUUCCUAAGCUACGCCCCCUUUGGGCGUGUCCUUCUCCGUACCCCAAGCGGCUCCUCCUAUGGGGGUGUGACACACGGAGGCCCCACCCCCUGCCCAGUUCCCCCAGGUGGGCCUCCCAAUGGGCGUGUCCUCCUAGUCCACGCCCCUCAGCACGGAUCCCACCCCCGUGGGUGGGGCUACACCCAGCUGCGCGCGCGGCCCCCCCACCCAUGCGUGACCCUAAGUAACCCCAUGGCAGCCCUAUGGCUGCCCCACAGGUAUCGCUACAGCAGCCCUGCUCCUGCCCCGCAAGAGCUCCAGACACGCCUCUGCAGAGCCCCCACAGCAGCCACUUCAGUGCCCCACAGCUAUCACCGCAGCCGCCCCAUCGCGCCCCAUGGCCGCCGCUGCGGGACCCCUGGAGCCCCCGGCCCCACACCCGCCCCGCAGCGCGCGGUCUCGCGGCCGCGGUGCCGGUGAAGCCACGUGCCGGCCGCGGCCGGAGGAGCCGCUGGUUUUCCCCCCCCCACAUCCCCCGAUCGCUGCUGCCGCGGCCGGAGGAGCCGCCGGUUUCCCCCCCCACAUCCCCCGAUCGCUGCUGCCGCGGCCGGAGGAGCCGCUGGUUUCCCCCCCUCACACCCCCCGAUCGCUGCUGCUGCCGCGGCCGGAGGAGCCACCGGUUUUGCCCCAACAUCCCCCGAUCGCUGCUGCUGCCGCGGCCGGAGGAGCCGCCGGUUUCCCCCCCACAUCCCCCGAUCGCUGCUGCUGCCGCGGCCGGAGGAGCCGCCGGUUUCCCCCCCACACACCCCCCGAUCGCUGCUGCUGCCGCGGCCGGAGGAGCCGCCGGUUUUGCGCCCAGCCCCGACUCUCCUCCUUCCUCCUCAAUCGCCGCUGCAUGCCGCCACGAUGUCUUCUCUUCCGCCAUCUUGUUUCCCCCUUCUGCGCUCAUUCGCUAUUUUAUACCGAGGGAGGGAGGAGGCGCUCGCUGAUUGGCUGACAGUGUCAGCCUCGGAAGUCGUCCAUUGGCUCAUCCCCACGAGGGGUUCUCCGAGGGGGUGGGAGAAAGGCGCUGAUUGGUCACCGUGUCGCUGAGGGGAGGAAGGCACUGAUUGGUCACUUUCCGCCGAAGUUCGCCCUCCCAGUAACAGGCGCUGAUUCGCUAGCGCCCCUGAGGUAGAAAAGGCGCUGAUUGGUCGGCGUUUUCUCGCCGACGUUAGCCCACAGCAACGAAGCGCUGAUUGGGCAGCGCGGCUGACGGGGCGGCUCGGCCAUUGGCAGGAGGGCGGGCGGGGGGCGGGACCGGGCGGGACAACGAGGUAAUAAAUGGGGCGGCGCAGAACGCGCGCAGGACCAGAAAGGCGGAGGCGGCAGCGCCAGCGCGAGCUCAUCGGCCCCCCCCCGCCCCCCCGCGGCGGGAAACCCGAGAACGGCAGGAACGGCGGCCGGAAUCAGUUAACGGGGCGGGUCAGGGCGGUAAUUAUCGUGCGGGUGUUAAUUGGGGCUCGGCGGGUUAAUGAGUGACCGGCGGGCUGGGGUGUAUGUGGGGGUUUUGAUCGGAACUGGGGUUUUAAAGCCGCGGGUUUGGGGGGGGGGGGGGGGGGGGGGCGGGGGCGAUUAAGGCUCCCGGAGCCGCUUUAGCGGCUUAAAUCGUUGUGUUGAACGCGGGAGGAGCCGGUUCGGGGCUUUUCUCAGCAAUCGGGGCUGGUUUGGGUCCAAUUCGGCUUUUAAAAGAUGUUUUUACGUAAUUUUUGGGUGCCGAUUUGUGCCAGAAGGCGCCUUUGAAAUCUGUUUAUUGAGGGUUUAUCAGGAGAAUUAAAGCUUAAAGCUCGGGGAGAUUUGGGGCUUUUCCCCGGGAUUUUGAGUCCAAAUCGGUUUUUUUAGAGCCCUUAUUUAUUUAAAUUGUUAUGUUUAAAGGGUUUAUUUGAGGUUUUAUUUGGAACAUUUUGGGCGGGUUUGAGGCUCCUAAGAUUUAAUUGUUGGUUUAUUAUUUGAUUUAUUAUUUCACUGCGGUUCGGGGCUCCUGAAGACGCUGAGUUGUUUCAAUUAUUUAGCGCUGUGAGGAGCCGUUUUGGGGCCGUUGGGGUCUAAAUCGGCUUUUUGAAAGGUUUAUUUAACGCGUUUAAAGUUUGAGGGGCCGAUUUGCGACUUUAAAGCUUUUUGAAUCUACUUAUUGAUAAGAAUUUAUACAAUAGAUUAAUAUUCAAAGCCCGGGGGGAGGUUUGGGGCUGUUUCCCAGGAUUGCGAGUCCAAAUGCGUUUUUUUCUGUUAACCGCUUAUUAAUUUAAAUUAUUAUAUUUAAACGGGGCUUUUUGAGGUUUUAUGAGGGUUUUUUUGAGCAUUUUGGGCGGUUCUGAGGCUCCUAAAGCCGCUUAAUUGUUUAAAUUAUUAAUUGUUAAAAUAAUGUAAGUAGUUGUUGAAAUAAGUGUGUAAGUUAUUGUAUUUAAAGCCGGGAGGGGCAUUUCGUUGCUUUUUGGGGGGUUUUAGGGCUGAAUUCACUUCAUUGAACGUGUCUAGAGCUGGGGGUCCCAGAUCUGGUGCUGAUUUGGCCCCAAAAAAAGCUUUAAAAAUCUAUUUAUUUAUAUAAUUUACUGAAUUAAUAUUUAAGCGGGAACAUGUUCGGCUUUUUUAACCCGCCGCCAUUUUGUCUCCCCCGUCCCGCUCUCCCUCACGCUGAGGGGGCCGAGGAGACGCUCGCUGAUUGGCCGGUGCCGUCUGGCGGGAAAGCCUCCCCCGGCUCAGCCCCGCUCGGCUGUCUCCGAGGGAGAGAAAGGCGCUGAUUGGUCGCUGCCUCUGAGGAGAGAAAGGCGCUGAUUGGUCGCCGCCUCCCUAAACCCACCUCCUGCGCAGAGAACAGCGACGGCAGCCUGGCCACGCCCCCUCCGGCUGAUCGCGCCCCCCGCUCCGGCUGACCGCGCAUGCCCCCCCCCCGCAACUCGGCUGACUGCGUGCCCCCCCCAACUCCGGCUGACUGUGCCCCCCCGCCCCCCCCGGCUGACCGCGUGCCCCCCCCACUGCACUCCUGCUGACUGUGCGCCCCCCCCACCUCCUCCGGCUGGCCACAUCUCCACUGCACACCAUGGCGGGGAUGGGGCGGGGGGGGGAUCACAAGGGUCUAUGGGGCGGUGUGGGGGUCAGGGCGGCUGUGGGGUCAAUGGGGUUGUUGUGGUGUGAAACACCCCUGAAGAGGCUGAACCCCCUACAGGUGAGUGACCCACACAGUGCCCCACAGUGCCCCAUAGCACCUCCACUCUGCCCUACGGAUCCACAACACUGCCCCACAGCACCCUAUAGCUCCUGCUUGCUAUCCCACAGCACCCCAUGGCUUCUCCACUCUGCCCCAUAUGUCUACAGCAGUGCCACAGAGUACCUCAUAUGUCUUCCACUCUGCCCCAUGGGUGCAGAGUGCUGCCCUACAGCACCCUAUAGCUCCUGUACUCUGCCCCACAGAUCCACAGUGCUGUCCAACAGCACCCUAUAGCUCAUUUGGCCUAUAGACCCACUGUACUGCCCUACAAUGCCCCAUGGCUCCUACACUCUGCCCCAUAGACCCACAACACUGCCUCACAACACCCCAUUGCUCCUGCACUCUGCCCCAUGGAUGCCCAGUACUGCCCCACAGCACCAUAUAGGUCCUGUACUCUGCCCCAUAUAUCCACAGGAGUGCCCUGCAGCACCCCAUGGCUCCUGCACUCUGCCCCAUGGAUGCCCAGUACUGCCCAACAGCACCAUAUAGGUCCUGUACUCUGCCCCAUACAUCCACAGGAGUGCCCCCCAGCACCCUAUGGCUCCUGCAUUCUGACCCAUGGAUGCCCAGUACUGCCCCACAGCACCAUAUAGGUCCUGUACUCUGCCCCAUACAUCCACAGGAGUGCCCCCCAGCACCCCAUGGCUCCUGCACUCUGCCCCAUGGAUGCCCAGUACUGCCCCACAGCACCGUAUAGCUCCUCUACUCUGCCCCAUACAUCCACAGGAGUGCCCCCCGGCACCCCAUAGUGACUCUACUCUUCCCCAUAGACCCACAGUGCUGCCGCACAGGACUCUACUCUGCCCCUUAGACCCAGAGAGCUGCCCCACAGCAGCCUGUAGGUGCUGCGUUCUGCCCCAUUGGUGCAAAGUGCUGCCCCACAGCGCCCCACACCUCUGUCCACCUGACCACCCUUCCCUCCUGACUGCGCCUGCACUGCCCACUAUGGGUGGGUCACAAGGGUCUAUGGGGCGGUGUGGGGGUCAGGGGGGCUGUGGGGUCAAUGGGGUUGUUGUGGGGUGAAACACCCCUGAAGAGGCUGAACCCCCUACAGGUGAGUGACCCACACAGUGCCCCACAGUGCCCCAUAGCACCUCCAUUCUGCCCUACGGAUCCACAACACUGCCCCACAGCACCCUAUAGCUCCUGCUUGCUAUCCCACAGCACCCCAUGGCUUCUCCACUCUGCCCCAUAUGUCUACAGCAGUGCCACAGAGUACCUCAUAUGUCUUCCACUCUGCCCCAUGGGUGCAGAGUGCUGCCCUACAGCACCCUAUAGCUCCUGUACUCUGCCCCACAGAUCCACAGUGCUGUCCCAUAGCACCCUAUAGCUCAUCUGGCCUAUAGACCCACUGUACUGUCCUACAAUGCCCCAUGGCUCCUACACUCUGCCCCAUAGACCCACAACACUGCCUCACAACACCCCAUUGCUCCUGCACUCUGCCCCAUGGAUGCCCAGUACUGCCCCACAGCACCAUAUAGGUCCUGUACUCUGCCCCAUAUAUCCACAGGAGUGCCCUGCAGCACCCCAUGGCUCCUGCACUCUGCCCCAUGGAUGCCCAGUACUGCCCAACAGCACCAUAUAGGUCCUGUACUCUGCCCCAUACAUCCACAGGAGUGCCCCCCAGCACCCUAUGGCUCCUGCAUUCUGACCCAUGGAUGCCCAGUACUGCCCCACAGCACCAUAUAGGUCCUGUACUCUGCCCCAUACAUCCACAGGAGUGCCCCCCAGCACCCCAUGGCUCCUGCACUCUGCCCCAUGGAUGCCCAGUACUGCCCCACAGCACCGUAUAGCUCCUCUACUCUGCCCCAUACAUCCACAGGAGUGCCCCCCAGCACCCCAUAGUGACUCUACUCUUCCCCAUAGACCCACAGUGCUGCCGCACAGGACUCUACUCUGCCCCUUAGACCCAGAGAGCUGCCCCACAGCAGCCUGUAGGUGCUGCGUUCUGCCCCAUUGGUGCAAAGUGCUGCCCCACAGCGCCCCACACCUCUGUCCACCUGACCACCCUUCCCUCCUGACUGCGCCUGCACUGCCCACUAUGGGUGGGUCACAAGGGUCUAUGGGGUGGUGUGGGGGUCAGGGCGGCUGUGGGGUCAAUGGGGUUGUUGUGGUGUGAAACACCCCUGAAGAGGCUGAACCCCCUACAGGUGAGUGACCCACACAGAGACCCACAGCAGCCCAUAGCCCCUCUGCCCUAUAGAGUCACUGCACCCCAUAGCUGCUUUUACUCUGCCCCAUAAAUGGACAGCAGUGCUCCACAGCACCCUAAGUCUCCACUGUGCCCCAUAGACACACAGUGCUGUCCCACAGCACCCCAUAUCUUGUUCACUCUGCCCUAUAGACCCACAGUGUAACCCUACAGCACCCCAUAGUUCCUCUGCCCUAUAGAUCAACAGCACUGUCCCAGAAAACACCAUAGCUUCUUCCCACUAGCCCAUAGGCCAGCAAUUCUGCCCUACAGCGCACUAGCUCCUGCACCCUGCCCCAUAGACCCACAGCAGUGCCCCACAGAUCCAGUCUGCCCUAUACAGCCACAGCACUGCUCUGCAGCACCAUAUACUUCCAGCACUCUGGCCCACUGAUAUGUAGCACCCCACAGCUGCUGCAUUCUGCCCAUAGAUCGACGUUCCUGGGUCCCCUCACCCCACCAGCUGUCCUGGGUUGCGGUGCUGCACGGGGCCCUGUGCACAACAAAAUGAGGACAGCAUGGCUGCUGGGCGGUACCCUGCUUAGAAUCCAAGAUGGCUGGGGGGGGAGGGCUGGCAGCCAUGCUGGCACUGCCGGAGGGGCUGUUGGUCUGCGCCGUGCUCAGGCGGCAGCUCCCGGCUGUAUCGGCUGCCCCUGUGGCCCUGCACCCUGCCCAUGGGAACAAGGUGGCUGCCCUGAUGGGCGUGGCCAUCUCGGCUGCUGUGUCCCUGCUGGUGGGCGGGGCCAUGGCUGUCAUGGCUGCCAAGCCUGUGCUGGAAGGGUGGGGCUGAGGUGGGUGGUGCCUGCCUAGGGUGGCCAUUUUGGGGUGGGGCCCAAGGUGGGUGGUGGGGCCUGUGACUCUGCCCCUGACGGCCAUCUUGGAAAAGGGCAGCACUGUGCCGCUGCCAUCCUGACGUUGCUCCCCCAGGGCCAUGUUGGGGGAUUUUUAACCUGGUUUUGGGGCCAAUUCUCACCCAAUAAAAUUAAAUAAUGUAAAAAAA